AUGGAGCAGAAGCCGCCGGGUGGAGACGGGAAGUUCACCUCGCUCGAUGAGCUGCAGCGACAGCUUAACGAAGAUUUCGCUCAAACGCUCGGACCGCUGGCUUCACCUCAGCAUACGAACGCUACGGCCACACCACCAGCAGCAGCAUCAUCAUCUGGAGCGAGUGCAACGAUCGCUACUACCAUCAGCACCAUUGUGCUCCAGGGUGGUCCACUGCAGCUGGUUGUGGCGAUUCUGAAGAGUGGAGAAAAACUGUACAUAAAGGUGGCAGAUCUGCUGCCAAAGUUCACAUUUCUCGGUCCCAGUUUGGAUGAUGCACUAAAGCUCCAGAACCAACACGAUGAAUUGUUGCGGCAGAUACAGAACAUGCCUACACCACUGGAAGAGUUCUACCGAAAAAUACAGGAAAAGAUUGCAUCCAACGAGAGACCCAACCCGACACUAAUCGAAGAGAUGGCCGCCUCGCUGAAUGCCGUGUGGCACGACAUCAAGCAGAUGCUGGCCGAACGUCGAGAGAUCGUCGUAUUGAAUGUGGCUUUCUUCGAGCGACUAGGCGAAGCAUACGGUAAAAUGUCCUCGAUGGAGGUGGCCUGCAACGAUACGAUGAUCCCGAUCGAAAUCGACGCGGUACGAGAGUUCCUGGAGUCGUUCCGGGAUUUGCGCGGUGACAUGCUCGGUGCAGUAGCGACAACACUUAAGGCAGGUCAGCAAAUGCUGGAUCGGUUGCGAGUGCUGGCCGACAUAGGAUCACUCGAUUCCCGCCCGAACCACAUCAAACUGGACGCUGUGCAAGCGAUCGGUCAGGUGGAGGCGUGGCUGGAAGACCUCUCGAACCGACGAAACCAGCUGGAACAAGCGUGGAUCUCGCGCAAGACGCAGCUAGAGCAAUGCCUUACGUUAGCCAUUCUAGCGAAGCAGCUGGAAGAGAUUGAGCAAUGUCUUACUCGCGUACGCAGUCAAACGCUGAGCUCGUUUACACUCGGGGACUCAGCGCAACAGGCCGGUGAUCUGCUAGAAACGUACCAAAAUCUCAAGUCGGAAGCCGCCUUACUUCGUGACAAGUCGCUGAAGAUCACCAAAACUACCGAAGAGCUGCUUACGAGUGGAUGUUUUGCUGGCGAUGAAGCGUGCGCCAAAGCGUACUCCGUACUAAACGCCUGCUCGGAGCAUCUGGAAGAGAUCGAUCACCGAGAAUCCUUGUUGGGCCAGUCGCGUGACUUCUUUUCCCGGGCGAGUGCAAUCCUUAAGCGACUGGAUCAGGUGGAACUGGAAGUGGCCGGAGCACCCAUAAGACCGGCAUCACCAAACGAUCUUCCGGCGCAUCAGAAACUGUUGCAGGACAUCCGUGAGACGAUCGGGGAGGUACUGCAGAUGGGAUAUUCGCUGGUAGAUGAUGUUGGACGAACCAAACCGGAGGUGGCCGGCGUACAGACCAUGAUCGAGCGUAUCGAGCAAAGGAAGCUUCACUUCGAACGUUACUGCAACGAGGAAAGCGAGCGAAAUGUUCGAACGGCACAAGCACUGAACGACUUCCUGGAACGAUACGGUCAACUGUUCGCCUGGCUCGAGGAAGCGCGCGAUGAACGGCUUGUUCGUGGCAAUGCCAUCCACUAUAUGGGUGAAAAUUUGGUUGAGGCGAAAGAUUGUCUGCUGCUUCAUCAUCAGUUUCUAAAUGAUCUCGAGAUCAAAGGCAACGCUAUUAAUAACUUGCUCGUACGGUUGACGCCCAGUCUGGAGCAUCUUGCCGACGAGCAGCGUGAUGACGUGCAACGAAAGAUCGAUCUCAUCCGUCAGCAUUGGAUCGCGUUGAAGAACUGCGUCAUCGAGCGGGUUGAUCUGCUGAAGCUGUACAUCCGUUUACACCAGGAAGCGGAAACGUUGCGCAACCAGUUCGAUGCCCACGCCAUCCAGUUCGCCACGUUCAAGGACAACCCGGCGGAUCAUUCGCUCAUCCUGGCCGCAAUCGCGAACAUCCGCCAGACGCUGGAGAGCCUGCGCCCUCUUGGUGGGCAGUGUCUUGAUCAGCUGCAGCAGAUCGGCGACGCAUACUUGCAGAAAACUCGCGCAGCGCAGUGCGUCGAGCGGACACUCGCCGAAUUUGCCGAUCGUCAGUCGGCCGUCAGUAAUGAGUGGGAAAGCUGGAACAGUCGACGACGCACGGAGACAACAUUGAAGGAAAUCAUGGCUGCCAACAUGGAGACAUUGGCUGUGGCGUCGAAGCUGGAGGAACAGCUGUAUCCAAUCUUUAGCACCGCGCUCGAUAACCCGUCCGAUCUGAUCGAGUUUAUUGGUCGCAAACGGGCUCAGCUGCAGCAGGAUGUUAAAGCUGCCGAGGCUGAUCUGACGCAGCGCUUCGAUACGAUCGCUCAGCUAGAGCUGGCGGGUGAUGCCGGCACCGAGCAGGAUAUAGUGGCGGUGAAGAACAAUCUUAACUCUAUCAAGACGAAGCUCUUCUCGCUUGGAGCCGACUUUGGUGAGCUGUCGGAUGCGACCGAACACUUCCUGCGCUCGAUCAUGCAGUGCCGUGACAGUAUCCGGGAGUACUUCGGUACCAAGCACGUGGUGACCGAUCCAGGUAGUGUUGAAGCAAUCGCAGAAGGCUACGAACAGUUCAAGCAGGCAACGAUGGAACAUUUCCGUGGUUUGCUGCAGCAGAGUGAACAGAUUAUUGAGCGUGUAAAAGCCCUGGAACCACCGGGCGCUCGUGAACUCGAUACGGACAAGAUCAUCACGUUGCUGGAAAACUUGCGUACGUACUUUGAGUCGCAGACUGAAUCGGAGAACUGUGAGCUGAAGAAGCAGCACAGCGUGCUGGCAUUUGAUCGUGAGUUAAGUGAGGUGCGUGCUGCAUUGCGUGCGGAAGUUGAUCGGCUGGAGCGUGGACGGGGCCAGUAUGGUGAAAAUUUGAAUGACGCUCAAAGAACCAGAAUUGCUUUUGAGGAGCAUGCAACUGCACUGCAGGACCUCGAGCGUCGAAUCGAUGCAUUUAUCAACACAGGAACGGAGCUGGUACGUCAGUAUCCCGAGACAAGCCCAUAUAUCGAGUCGGAAACGCACAAGAUACGUAACGAAUGGGCCGACCUGCUACGCAAACUGGAGGAACAUCGUCAACUGUACAGUAUCGCGGUCGAAUACUUCGAGUUAAUAACCACGAUUGAGGAUCAUUAUCGCACACUAAAUGCGGAACUGAUUAAUGCCAACAAUAAGCUCACCAUACUAAACAACGUGGACGUGGCAAACGAUCUGGUUACCCAGGUGGACGAUACGAUUCGUACGCAUGAGACGCGGCAGCUGGAUGCAUUAAAAAAGAUCGCCAACCUUUCGACACAGUUGUACGGUUCCGAUAAGACCGUCACCUUGUACACGGAAAAUACGAUACUGUUCCAAACGUUCUACAAGAUCAAGACGGAGGUGUAUGAACGAUCGAAGGAGCUAGCAGAGCAGCAGGCACGACGCGAUGAGCAGCAGCGUCAAGAGCAGCUGCAGCGUGAUCAGGAACAGCAACGCUUGGAGCAGUUGCAACGAGACCAGGAACAACAGCGCUUGGAGCAGUUGCAGCUUGAACAGGAACAGCAACGUUUAGAGCAAUUGCAGCGCGAACAGGAGCAGCAACGUUUGGAGCAGUUGCAGAGGGAUCAAGAGCAGGAACAGCAACGGCUAGAACAGUUACAGAGGGAUCAGCAACAGGAGCAGGAGCGAUUGGCACAGCUUCAAAAGGAGCAGGAACAAGAGCAACAACGAUUGCAGCAAUUAAAGAGACAACAAGAGGAUGAACAACAUCGUCUAGAGUUGCUAAAACGAGAACAGGAACAGGAACAGGAACGUUUGGAGCAGUUGAAGCUGGAACAGGAACAAGAGCAACAACGUCUGCACCAGCUGAAGCGGGAGCAAGAGCAAGAACAGCUUCGAAUGGAGCGUAAUGAACAGGAAGUAACUGUAGUGGAAGAUGUGAAAAUCACCACCACAACUUCCCACGCUAGUUUACCGCACCAGCAACAGUCGUUCGAUGUACAAACCAUCGACGAAGAACAAUACCUUCAGGAACCACAAGUUCCGUUGGUCAUACAAACCGUUGAGGAGCAGGUGCACGAGCAAAUUCAUGAAGUCGUAACCACCAGGCAGCCGGAGACGAGCUUGCGCGUGAUUCAACCCCUGGCCGAUGUGUGCGUGCAGGAAGGUCAGCGGGUGCGUCUGCAAUGUGUAGUAGCGGGCGUACCGGAUCCAACGAUCGAAUGGUACAAGAACGGCAUCAGCGUCCAGGGAAAUCCCGACUAUCGGACCAGCUUCGAUCCGGCCAGUGGUGUGUGUACGCUGAUGAUCGACGAAACCGUCACUGCAGACAGUGCUGAUAUUCUGUGUCGCAUUGCAAACGAAGCUGGCAUUGCUGAUACGUCCGCCCGUUUGCUCGUGACGGAGGCUCCACCGCCACCGAAGCCCGUCGGUACGGCACCGACGUUCACAAUGCGUCUUCUAGAUGGUGGUGUUGCACAGGAGGGUCAACCGUUCCAGUACGAUUGCGUUGUCAGUGGUCAACCGAUACCGACCGUACAUUGGUACAAGAGCGAUCAGUGCAUCGAUGGUUCGCCCGACUAUCGUCAGUCGUAUGAUCCUGCUUCGGGUGUAGCGUCCUUGCGUAUCGAGCAGGUCUACCUAGAGGAUCAGACGCAUUACACCUGCCGGGCGGUGAACGAUUGUGGAUCGGAUGAAACGAGCACGUUUCUCGCGGUCAAGCCGCUGGAACCGACCGAAUUUCCCGACUUCCCGGAUCCGCUCUCCAAUGUAAUGGCGCGAGUGGGACAGAAGAUACGGCUAGAAGCGAAAGUCAGCGGUACACCACAGCCGGAGCUUAUGUGGACGCACGAUGGCAAACACUUCACCAACCGCGAAGUUAAAUUCUUCUACGAAAACGGCCGAGCGCAAUUGGUCAUAGACGAGGCAUUCCUGAAGGAUGCUGGUGUCUACACGCUGACCGCCAAGAAUAUCGCCGGUGAAAAGUGCUGCUCGUGUAAUGUGGUGGUGAAGGGUCGGCUACCGAACGAAACCAGCGACUCGGAACUAGCAAGCGAUAUGGAGCCAGUGAAGCCCGCGGUGCAGCUGCCGUUGCGGGAUGUGUCAGUGUUCGAGGGUAAACCAGUGCGGCUGGACUGUGUGAUUGUGGGACAGCCGGAGCCGGAAGUGAUCUGGUAUCAUGGCGAGCGGCCAGUGAAGGAGUCGACCGACUUUCAGCUACUCUUCCAGGGCGAUCGCUGCUCGCUGGUGAUCCGCGAGGCCUUCCUCGAGGACGCGGGCGAGUACCGGGUGGUCGCUAUUAAUAGCGCGGGUGAGGCGUCGAGCCAAUGCUCGGUGUUGGUCACACCGCUGAACACGGCUGAACCGGCGGUACGUCAGCCGGCCGAGCGAGUGUUGCCGGUGGUCGGUGCACCGCCGCGCUUCGAACGGCUGCUAAGCGACAUCCUCGCGGACGAAGGGGAACGGGUGCAGUUCGAGUGUGCUGUGAGUGCGGACCCGCGGCCAACUAUCCGGUGGUUCGUGAACAACCGCGAGAUCCCAACCGAUGUGACCGUGUCACCGCGCGUACACUGUGUGGUGCGAGACGACGGUGUAGUGAAGUUGAUCAUCGAGCGGGUACUGCCGGACGAUAAGGGUGUCUACACGGUGAAGGCCGCCAACGUGUCCGGUGAGGCAAAGUGUUUCUCCAACCUGAUCGUGAAGUCGAUCAACGCGCCCGAAUUCGAGGCGGUGAGCACGCCCGCCUUCCUCACCGAGAGUGUGGUAUGUCCGACGUUCCGUGAGCUGUUUGCGGAUCGUGUCGUACGUCAGCACGAGCCGACCAAGUUCGAGUGUAUUGUUAUCGGCAAACCACAGCCGAAGAUACGCUGGUUCUUCAAUGAUCAGCCAGUGCAGGGACAUGAUUUUCUCGUGUCGACCAGCGGCGAUCGACAGGUGCUCACCAUACCCGAGGUACGCCCGGAGCUAACCGGUAAGAUCACCUGCUACGCAGAGAACGAAGCAGGCAAUGCACAAUGUGUCGCGAUCGUACAGCUUCUCGAACAGUUAGGCUCCAUCGGUCCUGCUCCAAUGCCGGAAUUAAACCUACCGAUGACCGAAUCAAUGCAGCAGGUUGACACGAGCGGUUCUUCGUGUGUGACACUUCAGAAGCACGUUACGACCAGCUCAUCGUCAUCCUAUUCCUCCUCCUCGAUGGCCACCGUCCAGCAGAACGGUGUGGCUCACACGCAUUCGGAGGUUCAUGCAGAGUCGGCCAAAUUGGACCGCUCGUUCCACCAGGAAGGUGACCAAGCCCCUCAAAUCGCUGAAGCGACAGAACAUCAGUGCUACGAUAAAGUGAACGAUCAACCACCGACCGUACAACACGAGGCGUCCUCGUACGUCGGUGUCGCUCCGAACCUCGAAACGAUCAUUGCAAACUCGGGACAAAUCAGCACGGGCAAACCGGCGAGACGCAACAUGGCGCCACGGUUUGUGACGCCAUUCAACGGCAAGAUCGUCGACCAGGGUGCUGACGUUAUCAUCGAGGGCAUUGUCGAUGGGUAUCCGACACCCGAGGUGCACGUCACGAAGAAUGACGUUGAGCUGCAGCCGGAUGGUGAACGGAUCCAGGUGUCCUAUUCGCUCAAUAAGAUCGUCGUCGAACUGCGCAAUGUAUCGCCGCUCGAUGCGGGCCGAUAUACGGCCACUGCUUCGAAUGCGGCUGGAGCAUCUACCACUACGGCGGAUCUGGUAGUCAAAAAAUCCAUCUUUCCGCCGGUGUUUGGCAGACGUCUGCAGGCGCAAACCGCCCGCAACGGUGAUCGGAUCGUGUUGGACGUGGAAGUGUCCGGCACACCCGAACCAAGCGUCACCUGGUUCAAGGAUGGCCGCUCGGUUCAGGAUGCGCUCGCACCCGGCAGUUACGCACUGCAGCAGGUGGGCUGCUGCUUUAAGCUAGUCUUCGAGCAGGUCACAAUGGCCGACACGGGCAAGUACAUGGUGGUGGCAACGAAUGCCGGCGGAGAAGCGCAAAGCACGGCCGACAUUGCCGUGCUACAGUGUGAAAGUGCGGCACAGCCGGCACCACAACCCGCACCCCAGAAACAUGUCUCGUUUGUGGACAUGGUCCAACAGCAGCAGCCUCGAUCGGAUGAGGCGUUCGAAGGCGAGGGUGGUGGUUUCAGUGCCCGGCAGGAGUACGCGAGCGAGGCGAAACUGCACGGACCGACGACGGAGUCGACGAUAGUCACGGAAACGCGCCGCACGACCGAGGCGACGAUGCGCAUGGAGCACAAGAUCAGCUUCCCCGAUCUGCCGGUGCGUUUCUCGCAACGCACGCAAACGCCCACGGUGCCGACGGUGACCGAGGGCACGAGUCCGAUUGCUGACCCGUCGGCGCACCAGAGCAUGGGCACCAAUACCGAGCACGUAGCGACCCGGUCGGACGCAACGCAGACGGGGACGGUCGACGUACCGAUCACACCAACACCGGCGCAACACGCACCGGCACCGGCUCAGCCACCGACGAUGGCGAACGUUCGGCUCCCAGCUCAGUCCGAAUCGAAACGGGAGAGUAGCAGCAUCAGCAUCAGCAGCAGUACCACCGUUGUGCGCGAUCGACCGAAGUCAUUCGAACCUCUGUUGCAGCAGCCGCCACCGCCGGUCAACGGUGAUCUCACGGCACAGUUGCCGAUAUACCAGCAACCCGCACCGUCAGCUGCCACCAACGCACCAACCCCGACCCAGAUGUACUCAUCCUUUUCCUCGACGCAGCAGUUCCAAGCGUCGUCGACGCUGGCACAGCAACAAUACUCGCAGUCAUCGAUGCAGUACCAACCGUUCAAGCCUUCGCUCGCUGUGGAGGCACCUGUUCGUGCACCUUCACCAGCCCCGGUGCCGACCUUCGUACCGAGUCAGGCAGCUCCACCACCAACCCAGAGCUUCCCACCGAAGAUGGUUCCCUUCAAGCCGACUCCAGCUCCUUCCGCUGCACCGGCGAUGUUCACUCCAACACCGGCACCAGCACCGGUUCCAGUGUCUGUUCCGGUUCCAGCUGCUGUUCAGCCAUUCAAUGCAGCAGUACCUGCGCCAAGCUGCACUUUGACUCCGAUUGCUGGAGCUACUCCAGCCUUCCUGGCUGGUCCGUCCUACAACCAGACGCCGCAACCGUUUAAGCCACUUCCGCCACCCACUAUUACGCCUAGUGCUCUAGGUGGCUCUACUCCAGCUGCUGCUCUGCAACCGGAUACGUUUAGUCAGGCAGCGUACGCCCCACCGCAGGCGCCACCACAAGCCUACGCACCACCAGCUCCAGAGCCUACUGGUCCGAUUUCGUUGCCUCCAUAUCAGGAGCCACUUUCGUUCUCAUCUCAACCUACCGUUGAGCCACUGUAUCCUGGUCAGCUGGGCUAUCAGCAGCCCACUCAGCAGCAGCCGCCUCAACAGUAUCAACAACAGGUGGAACAGCAGCAGCAGCUGUAUCAGCAACAACAGAUGUACCAGCAGCAGGUGUAUCAGCAGCAGCAGCAGCAGCAGCAACAGAUAUACCAACAGCAACAGCAGCAGCAACACUUCUACAUGGAGCAGCAGCAGGAGGAAGAGGUCUACAAGAAGAAGUCCGUGAAGGAGACGAAGAAAAUCUUCGAAGAAUCACUGCUGCAGCAGCAGGCCGCGUACGGCGAACUGAAGGCACCGCGUAUAGUCCAGGGCGUUCGUUUGCCCGUGGCAGCGCCGUUACCACCAGACUUUGGGUACGGUGCGAUCGCGGAACUCGGUCUCGAGCCAGGGCCCCAGCCGACGAUGGGCUACGCUCCGAAGGCCUCGAACGAGCGCAAGAGCUCCUACUACCGGGAGCAGAUCGAGCAGUCCUUGCUGGAGAGCAUGGACAAGGAACCGGAGCGUGUUCCGGCAGGCGGUGUCAAGAUUAUCCCGCCCAGUCCGCGCAAGAAGUCGAAACCGUCACCGACGGCGGUGGGACAAUCGGACACCGCUGGAGGAGCGCCUGCGCCGUUCGAGCAGCCGGCAGAGCUGCAGCAGGGCCUGGGUGCCAAGACCAAGAGUCCGUACACCGCCACCGAGAGCGAGUACGAGAGUGACCUGGACGGUACCGGAGCCCGGCGCCAGAACGGCUAUCUGGCCGACACGGAGGAGGUCGUGCAGAAGACGGCAGCCGUAUCGUUCGAGCAGCAGCAGACGAUCGAGAGCUUUAGCACCUCGAGCAAGGUAGAGUCUCACUCGUCGGUCGUCAGUGAGGUUGUCCAGCAACAGUCGGCCCAGGUAGCGAUGGUUGAACAGCAGCAGAUGGGCCAGGAGCAACAGCAGCAGCAGGUGUUCCAGGAGAUGUCUCAACAGCCGAUCGCAACAGAGGAACUGGCGCAGCCACAGGAGCAACAGCAACAAUCCGAGGAAGUGAUUAUCUCAUCGUCGGAAACCGUCCAGAAGGAAACGGUUGAGGAGAGCAAGAGCAGCUUCUUGGUUAACAACGAUCUGCCGGAGGACUUGCAACCGGUGAAGGUACUGCCAACUGAGGAACCACUGCCGACACUCAAGCAUGUUCCAGUUCCGGCCGCCGUACAGCCAGUGCCCGAGCAGGCACCCGCUCCUGAACCUGCCAUUGUGGAGCCUCAGCAGCCUCUCCAGCCGCAGCUGCAACAACCCGAUCCGAUUGCCCCGACUCCGGUGCAGCAGAAUGGAUAUCCGACGCCCAGUCCGGCACAGCCAUUCCUGUCGGACUAUGAAAGUGACGCAGCGGCUCCAUCGCUGGCGGGUUACAAAUCGGUCCAUCCGGUGUUUGCGCCACCAAAGCAGGAGUUCGCGUCGGACCCGGCUGCACCGCCCCCGUCAGUAUUCGACCCUAUCGACAAAAUUCAAGCGAACCAAGUCAGCGCACCAACCGAUGCACCAAAGAUUGAGAAGCCAAAAGCAAUCAGCUACGUUCAGCAGCAACAGCAACAGCAAUACCAGUCGUACCAGCAACAGCAGACCUCCUCCUUCCAGCAGCAGUCUUAUCAGCAGCAGUCUUAUCAGCAGCAGCAGCAGCAACAGCAGCAGUCGUUCCCGCCUGCAGUGCAAUCAAUGCCGGCGCAGUACUACACCUCGGUGACGGCUCAGCCCGUGCACAACACGAUCGCCACAGAGACGUCCAACUCGCUGCACAUGAAGGAGAUGACGGAGAGCAGCAACCGGGUUGUGAACAUGCAGCAGACGAAGCGUGUGGUCAGCUUGGAGCAACAGCAGCAGCACCAACAACAGCACCAACAAUCGUCUGUGUUCAUGCAGAAACCGGGACGGUUUACACCGGGAGAGUAUCGGGACAGCGAUGGUUACGAUAGCGAUGGUACACGCAUUCGUCCAAUGUGGACACCGAAUCCGUCGGACAGUGAUGAGCCGCACUAUCGCAGCGUGCGUCCAAACUUCCAGCAAUCGCGCUCGGCGAGUCUGCCACGUCAGCACGAACGCAUUCAAACGCCGAUGGAGUUCGAUACGCUACCGGUACAGAUGCCAACCAAGAUCGACCUGUCCGCCGGUGUGGAGUCGAGUCAGCAUCAGCGCAGCAGUUCGCUCUCCCGCCAAAGCACUCAGAUCGAGACAACCACUACGAUGACGACGGAAACGCUGAAGACGCAAACGCUGGAUCGGUACGCAUCGAAGCGAUUGGCCACUACGCCAGUGCCGAACACGCGCGACGAUAUGGCGGUCAAGGCGCAUCGGGUCGCGCCCAUCAACUACAUCCAGAAGCAGGCGGACGGUAUGGCACAGACGUUUAAGACGAAGGCUUACCACUUCAACAACGAGGUAAUGACCGACAUGAAGAAGACACCGAUCAAGCCGAUCCUGAAGAAUGCGUACGGGGCUCCGAUGGCUCAGCCACAGCCGCCACAGCCGAUAGCGCAACCGCAGGCUACUGCUGCCCCACCACAGGUCUACCGGGAGGAGUCACGAGUAUCGCAAUAUGAAGCAUCAUUCCUUUGCUCUAAGGAGCUGAAGCCGAACGGGACCCUGGAGCCAAACCAUCGCGGAACGAACGGAACGGUUUGUACGAUUCUGGAGGAAACGGACACGAUCGAGAAGACGUAUCGUUCUAUCUGCUUGAUACAGACGUGCGAAGUGCAACAGCAGCAUGGUGGCUAUAUUCAGCAGAGUACUACACCGUUGGCAUCGAUAACACCCGGUCUCCAGACACCAACUGGAGUUGCUCCAUUUCAACAGCAGCCACAGCAGCAAGUACCCUUGCAGUCGCAACCAACGUACGGCAUGGCGGCUCCAACUCCGGUUUCAGCUGGUCCCGGUGAUUACUCACCGCCGGUAUUUGAACAAAUCUUCAAGAACUCUCGCUUCGCCCAGGGCGGUAACGCGCUGUUCGAGGGCAAGCUGAAGGGUAAUCCCAAGCCAGAAGUUUCGUGGACUCGAAAAGGCGCACCCCUUCUCGAUUCCUCGAAACAUCGCUUGAGCUAUAAUCCGGCAACUGGAGCUGUCUCGCUGCUGAUCAACCAGAUCGGACCGGGCGAUGAGGGAGAGUACACGUGUAAGGCACGUAACGCUGUCGGAGAAGCGAUCUGUUCGGUGUUCAUCCAGCCGGAGGGCAUGCCGACUCCACAGUUCCAGCAGGUACGUCGCGAACAACAGCAAACUAGCGUUAAGCAGCAGCAGCAAUACACCAAUGGAUACUCCCACAUGGAAGAAGAAUUCAAGGUAGAUACCUUCGAAUACCGGUUGCUGCGCGAGACUUCCUACAGGGAAUCGAUCACACGACGCUAUGCCGGGGAAACGGACGCCCAGUUGAUCACAACAGUAGAUCGCGCUCUGGGUCCGGCGUCGGCACCGCAGAUUGGUCAGAAGCCACGCAACUCGAAGCUUUCCGAGGGUUCGGAUGCAGUGUUCAGCACGCGUGUCGUAGCUAAUCCACGUCCGCGACUGUCCUGGUUUAAGGACGGUCAACGCAUUAUUCCGUCGGCGGAUAAGUACGAAAUGGGGUACUCAAACCAGCAGGCAACGCUGCGCAUCAGGAACGUAAAUGCGCGCGACUCCGGACAUUACAGCCUGCUGGCUGAAAAUCCACAAGGUUGCCAGGUAUCGUCGGCUGUCUUGGCGGUCGAGGCUGCUCAGGAACAGGUUGCUGUUGAACGUGCUACCUCGUUCACGGAACAACAGCAGUACCAUCAGCAGCAACAGCAGGUCAUUGAGACCUCGUCCGAGGCUACCAAGGCGCUGUCUCCGUCGUUUAUGACAUUGAUCCAGGACGCGGAGACAACCGAGGGUAAGAUGGUCCGUUUCGACUGUCGUGUAACCGGUCGUCCUUAUCCGGAGGUUGCCUGGUACAUCAACGGCAACCUGGUGACGGAUGAUGCAACGCACAAGAUCCUCGUCAACGAGGCUGGCAAUCAUGCGUUGAUGAUCACCAGCACUAAUCGUUUCGAUCAUGGUAUUGUGACGUGCGUAGCACGUAACAAGAGCGGCGAAGUAGCUGCUCAGGCUAAACUGGUCGUGUGUGAGCGGGAACAGGUGGUUGCGCCGAAGUUCGUCGAGCGCUUUACCACGGUUAACGUGAAGGAAGGCGAACCUGUACGGCUGUUUGCACGUGCCAUCGGAACACCGAUGCCGCGUAUUACCUGGCAAAAGGAUGGCAUUCCGCUUGUGCCAGGACCGGAAGUGCAAAUCUGCAACGACGAGAACGGUUGCACUACCGUUGACAUCCCGAGAGCGAAGGCGUCGGAUGCCGCGUGGUAUCAGUGUACGGCACAGAACGUGGCCGGUACCACGGCAACACGCGCCCGUCUCUUUGUCGAAGCUACGAAGGGACCGGCGCCGGAGCAAAAACGUCUCAAUCUACCACGGCCUACAAAGGUCAUUCAGCCAGAAGCUGUUCCGGAACCGGAAAUCAUCUACUUGCGUCAUGUGGAACGAGCUGCUCCACAUGCACCACCGAAGGAGGAGGAUCGCAUCUAUCCACCACCGAAGUUCAUAGUCCCAUUGAGCGACGUUGCGCAGGUUGAAGGUGGAAAGGUACACUUUGAGGCACGUAUUGAACCCGUUUCCGAUCCGUCGAUGCGCGUUCAGUGGUUCUUAAAUGGAAAUCUGAUUCAAGCAAGUUCUCGAGCAAAUACGACGUUCCAGUUCGGAUUCGUGGCUUUGGAUCUCUUGACGAUUGUGAUGGAGGAUAGCGGUGAAUACUUAUGUCGCUUGUCCAGCUCGACUGGUGUGGCAGAAUCGCGUGCCAUGCUUAGCGUGCAGCCACGCCCACCAAUUGAGCAGCAGACUCAGCACCAGUCAUCGCUGGAUCAGAUCCAACACCUUGAGGACUACUCGAAAUACGUGCGUACCGAGAGCAUCGAGGAAGUGGUUAACCAGAAGCCAGGUUUCACCAGACCGCUUCAGGAUUUGGGUGAGCUAGAGGAAGGUCGCAAUGCUCAUUUCGAAGCGCAGAUCACACCGGUCAGCGAUCCUACGAUGCGCGUCGAGUGGUACAAGGAUGGACGCCCAAUAACGGCUAGCUCGCGUAUUACUGCCAUUUUCAACUUCGGAUAUGUUUCGUUGAACAUUAUGCAUCUGCGAGCGGAGGAUGCUGGUACCUAUACGGUGCGGGCAGUGAAUCGCAUUGGUGAAGCGAUCAGCACUGCGAAGAUCACCGUGGUGAGCAAGGCGCCGGUUACCGGAGACUUGGGCAUCUCGGAGCAGCGUAACUACAUCCAGAAGAUAGAGGAACUGGAACAGUACCAGAAGUACCAGAACAUGAAGUUCUACGAGGAGACACCCGAAAGUACGCAGCGGCCGGAAUUCAAGAGCCCCAUCUCGGAUCAGCUCAAUGUACGAGAGGGUGGCUUUGCACACUUCGAGGCCCGUCUUGAACCGGUCGGUGAUGCGACACUGCGCGUCGAGUGGCUUAAGGAUGGUCAUCCGGUAGAGGCAAGCUCGCGCAUUACCUCGUUCUGUAACUUUGGUUAUGUGGCGCUUACCAUCAAGCAAGUUACCGUACACGACGUCGGUACCUACACGUGCCGUGCUUACAACUCUCUUGGUGAAGCGCAUGUGUCUGCUCGCUUGACGGUGCUGACUCGUCAGGACAUCAUUGUCGAUUCUCAAACAAGCCACAUGGGCAUGGAGAAGAUCCAGUAUCUGGAGGAUUCGUCGCGCUACACGCGCACCACCCAGGAACAGGUCGAACAACAGGUAGUGCAACCUCAGCCACGAUUCCUUGGACCGCUCAAGGGUACGAACCGAAUUGUCGAGGGACAACGUGCACACUUUGAAGCGCGUCUGGAACCACAGUCGGACCUGACCAUGCGUGUCGAAUGGUAUCACAACGGUCGUCCAUUGAUGAGUGCAAAUCGCAUCCAGACCUACCAUGACUUUGGCUACGUUGCGCUGGAUAUCUUGGACGUUCGUGCGGAAGACUCCGGAACGUACACUUUGGUAGCGGCCAACAGCUCUGGACAAGCACAGGUUGAAGCUACAAUGGUGGUGGAAACCCGUGCCGCUAUCGACACAACAAGCAUGCACCAUGUAGUGGAACGUUCGCAGCAGAAGGUGGAGAAACAGUUCGUUGAGCCACAGUAUCAAGUUGAAGAGCUGUGCAAGUCCAAACCAAUCUUUACCCAACCGCUGUCCGAUCCACAGCCUGUUGGCGAGGGGCGUAACAUUCACUUGGAGUGCAAGCUGGAACCGCUCGGUGAUCCAACAAUGCGCGUAGAAUGGUACCACAAUGGACGUCCGAUUACUGUGGGUUCACGCUUCAAAACGUACUACGAUUUUGGUUUCGUAGCAUUGGACAUCCUGCAUUCGACGGCGAUUGACUCGGGCGAAUACACGGUACGUGCUACGAACCAGCUCGGGUCGGCUCAUACGUCUGCGUGCGUGCGCGUUAUCACACGCUCGGACGUGAUCACCGAGGCUCAGAGUGAAAUGUCCGUCGAGCAAAUGCAGUAUCUCGAAGACGCAUCGCGUAUGCGUCGGGAUGUGCUUGAGGACAUUACGGUGAUGUCGCCGCCUCAGUUCGCUCGCUCAUUGCACAACAUCGAAACGUAUGAAGGAACCAACAUUCAUCUAGAGUGCCGUCUGCAACCCGUCGGUGAUCCGACCAUGCGAGUGGAAUGGUUCGUAAACGGUAUGCCGGUUAAGAUUGGACAUCGCUUCCGACCGGCGUACGAGUUCGAUUACGUCGCUUUGGACCUGCUCGGUGUGUAUGCGGCAGACUCGGGUGUCUACACCUGUCAAGCACGUAACUCGCUUGGUGAGGCGGUCAACUCUUGCUCUGUUCGUAUCAUGGCGAAGAAGGAUUUGAUCCUGGAAACGCAAUACCCAGCCGGGCUGGAGAAGUUGCAGUAUCUAGAGGAUAUUGCUCGCUACCGCAAAACUGAGUACGUCGAUGAAAUCGUGAACGUGAAGCCGCGCUUCCUUACCAAGCCGAAGAAUAUCGACCGUGCGCAGGAGGGUGGCCAUGCACAUUUCGAAUGUAAGCUGGAACCGGUCACGGAUCCGAACCUGAAGGUGGAAUGGUACAAGAACGGCAUGCCCAUCACUGUGGGCCACCGUUUCCGCCCGAUUCAUGACUUUGGCUACGUUGCACUGGAUAUUAUCGAUCUGAUUGCGGAAGACACCGGUACUUACAUGUGUCGUGCCGUGAACUUGGUCGGUGUUGACGAAAUUGCGGUGCAGCUGACGUGUCGUGGCUCGCAACAGAUUCUUACCAACACCCAGAACGAAAUGGGUCUGGAACAGAUCCAGUAUCUCGAAGAAAAGGCGCGUCAACAGCGGUCGGAUUAUCUUGAUGAGAUGACGACGCAAGCGCCAACGUUCACAACAUCGCUGAAACACAUCGAGAUUAAGGAAGGUCAGCGAGCUCACUUUGAGUGUCGUUUGAUUCCUGUGUCGGAUCCAACGUUGCGCGUGGAAUGGUACCACAACGAGGCUCCAGUCAAGACUGGUUCGCGUUUCACCGAAACUAAUAACUUUGGCUUUGUGGCACUGGAUAUCAUGGGCUGUCUGGCAGAUGACUCCGGCACCUACACGUGUCGUGCAGUGAAUGCCCUAGGCGAAGCAGUUACUUCAGCCACCUGUGUCGUGCAUACGCGCAAGAGUAUCUACUCGGAGUCGCAACACGAACAUGCUCUGACUAGCUUACGGUAUCUUGAAGAUAAUUCACGUUACCAACGCGAAACGGAUGUGGAUGAGGUUAUCACACAGGCUCCAGUGUUUACGCUGCCUGUAAAGGACGUUAAGGUGGCGGAGAAUCAAGCCGUACAUUUUGAAGCUCGUCUGGUACCGGUCGGUGAUCCAAAGAUGCGCGUGGAAUGGCUGCGCAACGGUGUUCCGAUCGAAGCUUCGAACCGUACCACGACGAUGCACGAUUUCGGAUAUGUGGCUCUGAACAUGAAGUAUGUUAACCCUGAGGACUCGGGCACUUACACAUGCCGUGCGACCAACGACCUUGGCCAAGCUGUUACUUCCGCGAAGUUGGUUGUCCAGUCAAAGGCAUCAUUGGAUCUGGAUACUCAGAACGAGAGCGCACUGGAGAAAAUCCAUCAGCUCGAAGAUGCUAUCCGCUUCCAGCGUCGUGAAGAGGAGGAUGUUGCUGUUACCCAGCCACCUAAGUUCACCACGAAGCUGCACGGCCCUACGAAUCUGGUUGAAGGCCAAAGUGCUCACUAUGAAUGUCGCAUCGAGCCGUAUCCGGAUUCGAGUCUGAAGGUAGAAUGGUUCCACAACGGUCAACCUCUUACUACUGGUCAUAGAUUCCGCACGACAUACGACUUUGGAUUUGCAGCGCUGGAUGUGCUGACGGUGUAUGCAGAGGAUUCGGGCGAGUACACGUGCCGUGCGACGAACCACCUCGGAUCGGAAACAUCUUCGAUCUCGCUGAACGUAACACCGAAGGCUGGUAUUGUACGUGAGACACAGCACGAAGGAGCACUGGAGAAGAUUCAGUAUCUGGAAUGUGAUGCCCGCUACGGUCGUAAGGGAGAAGAUGAGAUGUAUGUGGCCGAAAAGCCACAGUUUGGCAGACCGCUCAAGAAUGCUAGUGUCGGCGAAGGACUGCCAGUACAUCUGGAAGCUACGUUGACGCCGGUCAACGAUCCAACGAUGAAGGUGGAAUGGUACUGCAAUGGACGCCCUAUUCAACAGGGCCACCGGUUCAAAACGACAUACGAUUUCGGUUUCGUAGCUCUCGACAUCCUUUAUGCGCACGCUGAGGACACGGGAACUUACAUGUGUAAGGCUAAGAAUGCGAUAGGAGAGGCUGUUACGACAUGCGCUGUUAAAGUCACAGCAAAUGCCGGAUUAUAUUUGGAGACGCUCGAUGAACAGCGGCUGCAAAAGAUUAAGGAACUGGAGAGCUACCAGAAACCGCACACCCCUGAUGUUGAACCGGCCAAGCAGAAACCAGUCUUCCUCACUCCACUGACUAGCUUGGAGAAUCUGAAGGAAGGCGACUACGCCCACCUGGAAUGCCGCGUUGAACCGAUCAACGAUCCAAAUCUCAAAAUUGAAUGGUUUAUUAACGGCAAGGCAAUCCGCGCCGGACAUCGUUUCCGCACGACGCACGACUUCGGUUACGUAGCGCUCGAUAUUCUGUACGUGUAUGGCGAGGACAGCGGAACAUACAUGUGCAAGGCCACCAAUCAAGUCGGUGAAGCGGUCAGCACGUGCAACAUUCGCGUUACAAACAAGCGCAACAUCAUCUUCGACUCACAGCAUCCAGAUGGAUUGGAGAAGAUCCAGAAGCUUGAGGCGCACGUCCGACCAUCGCGUCUGGAGUUGGAUGAACCGGAAGUUACUGCACCACGUUUCGUUACCGAGCUGCGUGGCACUACGGAGAUUCAUGAGGGACAAACGGCUCACUUUGAGGCGCAGGUUGAACCGAUCCACGAUCCGAACUUGCGCAUCGAGUUCUACCACAACGGUAAGCCACUGCAAUCGGCUUCCCGCUUCCAUAUUACGUUCGACUUUGGUUAUGUCGCACUGGACAUCCAGCACGUCGUUGCUGAGGAUGCGGGCGAAUACACGGUGAAGGCCAUCAACGCUAAGGGCCAGUGUAAAUCGUCGAUCAAGAUGCAGGUGACUGCUAAGGGAGCGAUCAUUUCCGACACCCAGCAUCCUGAGGGUCUGGAUAAGAUCAAGCAGCUCGAAGGCGCUAGUCCAUUCCGUCGUCCGGAGGUACAAGACGCUGUCACAAAGCAACGUCCUGUGUUCACUCAGCCGCUGCAAAACAUCGACUAUGUUGCCGAAGGACAAACGGCGCACUUCGAGUGCCGCUUGAUCCCGGUGGGCGAUCCGAACCUGCGGGUAGAAUGGUUCCGCAACGAGCAGCCAUUGGAGGAUAGCUCGCGUAUUGCAAAGCAGCACGAUUUCGGUUUCGUCUCGAUGGAUUUGCAGCAUGUGCGCGAGGAGGAUGAAGGUGUGUACAUGUGCCGCGCAAUUAACCCGCUGGGUGAAGCCGUCACUACCGCUUCCAUGCGUGUCCGCACGAAGGCAAGCAUUCAGAUGGAUUCGCAGCAUCCGGAGGGCAUGAAGAAGAUUAUUGCGUUAGAGCAACCGCACCAGCAGCGUUCCGAUGACCAUGAGGCAGCUUUCGAGAAACCUAUAUUCACGCAAUUACUGACCGGACCGUCAGAACUAUGGGAGGGUCAGCAUGCACACUUCGAGGCACGCGUUGUGCCGGUGGGUGAUGCUAGCAUGAAGUAUGAGUGGUACGUAAAUGGUGUUGAAUUGAAGAUGGGUUCUCGAUUCCGCACUACGAACGAUUUCGGAUUUGUCACGCUGGACAUCAAUUCGGUUGUGGCGGAAGAUUCAGGUGUGUACAUGUGCAAGGCAAUCAAUCGCGCGGGAGAAGCCGUUUCAUCGACCACGAUGAAGAUCAAGUCGAAGGCUUCGAUCGCCGGAGAGCCGCUGCUGCCUGAAGCCUGGGAAAAGAUACAGCUGAAGGAAGCCGCCAUGAACCGUGUGCCAGACAUGUUUGUCGACACGACGCCACAGCAGGCCCCGGUAUUCACCACGCAUCUCGAGAGCCACGACAAGCUACAAGAAGGUCAGCAUGUCUAUCUGGAGGCCCAGGUGGAACCACGCGCGGAUCCAAACCUGCGUAUCGAGUGGUUCAAGAAUGGUAUCGCCAUCACUACCGGUGCACGUAUCCGCAGCACAUUCGACUUCGGACUCGUUACUCUCUCGAUCAACGGUUUGCGAGCGGACGACUCAGCUAUCUACACCUGCAAGGCUACGAAUAAUCUUGGCGAAGCUGUCUCUACAGCUACGCUCAAGAUCGACGCCAGCCAUUGGUUGCUCGGUGACACCAUGCAUCCAUCAUCUGUGCAGAAGAUCCAGGAUCUGGAGGCACCACGCAUGAACCUGCGCGAUGUACCAGAGGAUCAGUUCGAAUCGCCAGUCUUCGUUAGUCACCUGAACAAUGUGGAGAUCAAGGAAGGAGAAAAUGCACACUUCGAAUGUCGCGUGGAACCUUCCAAGGAUCCAACGAUGCAGAUCGAAUGGUUCGUCAAUGGUAAGCCGCUGCCAACUGGUGCUCGUUUCAAGACUACGUAUGACUUCGGUUUUGUUUCACUGGAUCUGACUGGUGCAUACGCCGAGGAUUCGGGUAUCUACACGUGCAAAGCAACCAACAGCAAGGGAUCGGCAUCGACUUCCGGUUCGUUGCGCUGUACCAGCACCAGCACCAUGUACUUGGAUACGCAACAUCCACAGGGCAAGGCUGGACUCGAGGCAGUGCAAGACACCGAAGCAGCUUUGGCCAAUCGCUACCGCCGUCAGGAAUCGAAACCGGAAUCUGCUUUCCCGAAACCACAAUGGACGGUACAGCUGCAGUCGGAGUUCCGGCUGAACGAGGCAGAAGCACUUCAUUUGGAAGGCCAGGUCGAACCCAAGGACGAUCCUAAUCUGAAGAUUGAAUGGUACUUCAACGGCAAGGUGUUGGAGCAUGGAUCACGCUUCAAGAUGACAAGUGACUUCGGUUUCGUCACGCUUGACCUUACGGAGGUGUAUGAACGCGAUCAGGGUAUUUACACUUGCAAGGCGUACAACUUGGCCGGCGAGGCAUUCACUUCCUCGACCGUGUAUUGCGCAACUAAGGAGAGCCUGAUCGAGCGUACACAGCAUCCAAAGGGCACGGAGGGCCUGGAAAAGAUCCAAGAUCUGGAGGAUUCUCUUCGCCGUCAAGAAGGUGGACAGGCAGAAUCGGAUGCCGGACAUGCGCCACGUUUCACUUCGGAGUUCGUCACGCUAAAGAAUGUCGGCGAGGGUGAGAUAGCGCACUUCGAUGCUACGCUCAUUCCGACCGGCGAUCAAUCCAUGACCAUCGAAUGGUUGUACAAUGGCAAGCAGCUUGAAGCAAGCCACCGUGUGCGCACGGUGUACGCUUUCGGAAUGGUUGUGCUAGAGAUACUCGGCACUAAGAUCGAGGACUCAGGCAGCUACACGUGCCGUGCCACAAACCGGUUUGGAUCGGCUGAGAUCAGCGUCGAUCUGGAAUGUGUUGACAAGUCGGCUGGACAAAAGCCACGUUUCACCACUCAGCUGCAAUCGCUGGAGGGCUUGAAGGAUGGACAAUCGGCUCAUUUCGAGUGUACUCUUGUACCGGUGAACGAUCCGGACCUGAAGGUAGAAUGGUUCCACAACGGCAAACCAAUGCGCCAUUCGAACCGCAUCAAGCCGGUAUCGGACUUUGGUUACGUAUUGCUGGACAUUGCGUACGUACAGAGUCACGACUCGGGUGAGUACGUAUGCCGUGCGUCGAACAAAUAUGGUGAAGACACGACCCGUGCUACACUUAAGUGCUUCGGAAAGGGUGGCGUGUAUCUGGAGUCUCUGCAACCAGACUCGCUGGCAAGAAUUCGCGAGCUCGAAAGCCAAUCGGGUGUGAAACAGACUGCAGCAGGUUCGCCGGUUGGCGAAGCACCGCGCUUCACCACAAAGAUCAGCGACAUAACGAAGCUAGUGGAGGGACAGAGCGCUCACUUUGAGGCACGCCUGACUCCGAUCAACGACCCCGAGUUGGUGGUGGAAUGGUACUGGAAUGGACAGAAGCUGCCACAUGGCCAUCGUUACCGUACGUUCCACGAUUUCGGAAUUGUGAUCCUCGAUAUUCUGUACUGCUACGAAGAAAAUUCGGGUGAAUUCGAAUGCAGAGCUACGAACAAGUAUGGGUCGGACAGCACCAAGGCUACGCUGCGCUGUAUUUCGAAGGCCAACCUCAUCCUGGACUCACAGCUGCCCCGUGGAAUGGAGGGUGGAUUGGAGAAGAUUCAGACGCUGGAGGAUUCAUUGAUCCGUACCCGUGAUGAGCGUGAACGCACCGAGGGCGGUCGUGCUCCAGUCUUUACGACACCACUAUCGAACAUCGAUUCACUGCGGGAAGGCGAAAGCGCUCACUUCGAAGCCAAGUUGACACCAACGGACGAUCCGAAGCUGAAGGUGGAAUGGUUCUGGAACGGCAAGCCACUAAAGACCGGUUCACGAUUCCGCACGUUCUGCGACUUUGGAUUCGUUAUUUUGGAAAUCUCGCCAGUGUAUCCCGAGGACUCGGGUGAGUACUCAUGUCGUGCGACGAACGAGUACGGUGAGGCGGUCACUACGUCGACCAUGCGUGUGCAGGGCAAGCGUAGCAUCAUUCUUGAGUCGCAACUGCCCAAGGGCAUGGAGAGCACCAUUGAACGUAUUGCCGAGCUGGAGGGCCUUGGCAUUCCACACGGUGGGCUCGGAUCGCCCGACGACGACACUGGCAAGCCACCAGAAUUCAUCACCACACCUUCGGACAUGACGUUGACCGAAAACUCGUUGGCGCACUUCGAGUGUCGCCUAACGCCAAUCAACGAUCCGAGCAUGCGUGUCGAAUGGUACCACAACGGAAAGGCUUUGUGGGCAGGCUCGCGCAUCAAGACGAUCAACGACUUCGGUUUUGUGAUCCUGGAGAUUGCCGGUUGCUACCAGCGUGACUCAGGAUUGUACACGUGCAAGGCUACAAACCGUCACGGAGAGGCAACCGUUUCAUGCAAGCUAACUGUGCGUGGUCGCCAGGGUAUUAUCAUGGAGCCGCAACUGCCGUCGAACUUCCGUACUGGCACGGAGAGCAUCCAAAAGCUAGAAGAGCAGCUGCACAAGCGCGAAGAGCUGAUGGCUGAUGAGGAAGAAGGCCGCCCACCAAAGUUCGUUGUCGAAAUCAAGGACAACGUGGACAUUCCUGAGGGUGGACCAGUCCACUUCGACUGUCGCGUCGAACCGGUGGGAGACUCGUCACUGCGUAUCGAUUGGUAUCACAAUGGCAAGCCAUUUGCAACCGGUUCCCGUGUGCACAUGCUGAAUGAUUUCGGUUUCAUUGCACUAGAUAUGGACUAUGCGUACGUCCGAGAUUCUGGUGUGUAUGAGUGCCGAGCCACCAACAAGUGGGGUACCGCGUCAACCACCGCCAAGGUGACUGUGGUGGCUCGCGGUGGUAUCGUGCUGGAUUCACAGCUGCCUGAAGGUAUGACUGCUUCCAAGCUGAAGGAACUGGAACGUGGAAAAGUAACGUUGGCGACCCAAGAGGAGCGUACCUUCGGACCACCGAAGUUUGUGUCACAGAUCCAGUCUGCAACGAUCGAUGAGGGUGAAACCAUUCGCUUCGAGUGUCGUGUCGAACCGAAGGAAGAUCCGAAGCUGCGAGUGGAAUGGUUCCGCAAUGGCAAACCUCUGCCAAGCGGUCACCGAUACCGUACAAUCUACGAUAUGGGCUUCGUGUCCUUGGACAUUCUUUCGGUGUACACGGAGGAUGCGGGUGACUACACUUGCCGUGCUUUCAACGAGCACGGUGAGGACGUAACCAAGGCCCACAUCAGCUGCAAAAAGUUACCCUCGAUUGUGCUCCAGAACCAGAUUCCAAAGGGCAUGCAGAAGUCGGAGACACUCAUGCAAAUGGAAGCAACAAUCAAGAAGUACACGGAGGAAAUCUUCCUUACGGAGGACGACUUGUUCGAUCCAGACCGCAAACAACCUCCGCGUUUCGUUGUUCAGAUCAAGGAUCAGACCAAUCUGGUCGAGAUGCAAGCCACCAAGUUCGAGUGCCAACUGGCACCAGUCGGCGAUCCAGACAUGAAGGUUGAAUGGUUCUACAACGGCAAACCACUGCCAUACAAGAACCGUUUCACACCGAUCUACGACUUUGGUUACGUUGCCAUGAACUUCGGCUGGAUCUAUCCGGAGGAUAGUGGCGAGUACCUGUGCCGUGCCACGAACUUGUACGGCAUGGACGAAACUCGUGCAAUCAUCAAGACUACCGGCAAGCCAGGCAUCGUCUACGAUUCGCAGUUGCCAAAGGGCAUGAAGAGUAUCCAGAAGAUCCGCGAAAUGGAAGCCUUGUGGAACUUGAACAUCCCCGAGGUGAUCGACGAGACACAAAAGCCCAAGAAGGAACCAGCCUUUGUCAGUCGUCCAGAGUCCAUCGAAGUAGAGGAAGGUGAAUGGGCUCGAUUCUGCUGUCGUGUUACCGGACAUCCAAAACCCCGUGUCAUGUGGCUCAUCAAUGGACAUACCGUCGUUAAUGGUCAACGCUACAAGCUUACCUAUGAUGGCAUGUAUCACUUCGAUAUUCCGAAGACGCGUCAAUAUGACACCGGCAAAAUUGAAGUUAUCGCCCGUAGCUCCGUCGGUGAGGCCGUUGCUAGCUGUGAACUGAAGAUUACUCCUCGUCGUGAUGACUACCGCGGUGUGCUGAAGAACUCGCCACGACCAUGGUACGACUAUGAUCUAGUCGCCUAUCAGAAGGGACGCACGGAAACGGAUCUGGAAAUGACGCUGCAGGAAGAGAAGAAGAAGAAGCGCGUUACCAAGGUCGUACAGAAGGCGAAGGCCAAGAAGGAAGGUGAAACUGAAUGGCAAAAGACGGUCAAACAGAAGAAGGGUGAGGAUUAUUACAGCAAGUUGGCUGAGCUGGAAAAUGAGCAGAUCACUAAAGAGCAGAAGAUGCGUGAAGAUAAACAUCAGUUUGCGAUCCCUGGUGAAAAGGUUGUUAGUCAAUCGAUUGCCAAGGGUAUGGCAAGCGCCUACGAGCAGACGCUGGAGGAAACAAAAGAGAGCGAAAACGUCGAACUGAUUGAAGCACCCAAGAAGAAGUUGAUCCCGGAACCGACCGAAACGUCCGUCCAGGGCAAGGAAGUUCACGUAUCGCAACAGAAGCAAACACAGAAGGAGGUGUACGAUGACAAAGAAAUCAUCCGUAAAAUCACCGCCACGGAAACGACCGAAAUGGAGCACAAAGGUACGACGCAAGAACGCGUGGUGGAAGGACCGGUACAGCCGACCAAGCCACCAGUGUUCACUCGUAAGAUUCAGCCGUGCCGUGCAUUCGAAAACGAACAGGCACGGUUCGAGGUUGAGUUCGAUGGAGAACCCAUGCCGACAGUGCGAUGGUUCCGCGAGAACUUCCAAAUUAACAAUUCGGCAGACUUCCAGAUCCACACGUUCGGUACGAAGUCGGUGCUGAUCAUUCGACAGGUGUUCCUCGAAGAUUCGGCCGUGUUUGCAGUGAUUGCGGAGAACCGUGGAGGUACUGCUAAGUGUAGCGCCAACCUGGUGGUGGAACAGCGCCGGCAACAGGGCCGUGGCGGAGUGAUUCCGCCGAGCUUUGUCAGCACGAUUAGCGACACGACGGUAACGGCCGGACAGCUGGCGCGUUUCGACGCAAAGGUAACCGGUACGAAACCGCUCGAUGUGUACUGGCUGAAGAAUGGCCAAAAGCUCACGCCGAACAUCAAAUACAAAAUGCUCGAGGAAGAUAACAACUACACGCUGUUGAUCAUUGAGGCGUACGCAGAAGAUGGUGCGAAGUACGAGUGUGUUGCCAUCAACAGUGCCGGGGAGGCACGUUGUGAUGCGGUCUGUACCGUGGAUACACCCGUGACGCCCAUCAUCGAGAAGCCGGCCACUCCCGGAACGGAGCGUCCUCCAACAUUGGUUGAACCGCUAAAGGACAAAACGGUACCCGAGGGACAAUCGGUAGAGUUCCGUACUCGAGUCACUGGCAAGCCGACACCGACCGCGCAGUGGUUCAAGGGCGAUAAGCAGAUUAAACCCUCCAAAUACUUCCAAAUGGGCAAGGAUCGAGAUGCGUUUACGCUGAUCGUUACCGAAGCGUUCCCGGAGGAUGAGGGACAGUAUCUAUGCAUCGCGUCAAACCCGGGCGGUGAAGUCCACACCACUGCCACGUUGAAGGUGGUCGCCCCAGAAAUGCCCGAUGCCGGACCAAAGCUGGGUGAGAUGAAAGAUUGCAUCGUGGACGAGGGUUCGCCGGCUCAGUUCAAGACAACGAUUGUUGGCAAACCAACCAAAAUGACCGUACAGUGGUUGCGUGAAGGUCUUCUGAUUCCGGAGUCACCCGAUUUUCAGAUGAUCAACGAGGGCAACAAUGCCGUGCUUCUGAUCGGGACGACCUACGAGGAGGACUCCGGUACCUUCACCUGCCGUGUGACCACAUCCGCGGGGCAGGUUGAAACGUCCGCCAAACUGAUAGUCAAAAAGCGCCGAAAGCAGAUGCGACAGGUGCACGGUGCCAAAGAGGUACAGCUCCAAAAUCAACAGGAUGUGCAACAGACGCAACAAUUUUCAUCAUCCUCUAAGGCGACAGUACUCGCCCAGGGGCUGAGUGAUGGAUCGUAUGAUAGCAGCACCGGGACGAGCGAAGUAGACACCGAAUUCGUCCCACAAGGUGACGAGAGUCUUCCCUGGAGACGUUCUCGAAGCUUAUCCCGCGGUCCCACCACUACUACUGCUCCCUGGCGACGUGCGUCUCAGGAUCGCCGUACAUCACGCGACCGAUCGUUGUCGAUCGAUAAGCGGGAAGAAAUAAAACCAUGGACUGCAGAGGUGGUGAAACUGAAAAAAACCACCAAAGAUCGAAAAAAAAUCGAAAAAGAAAAACUUGAAACGGUACAAUUAAAACCAACCCAAAUCCAGAAGCCACAGAUUCAGCGGGAGCAGCUGGAAAAAGUCGAACUGAAGACGGUGAAACGCGAACAGCAGGAAAUAUCCGAGCAUCACAUGGAAGAGAUGGUUCAAGCUAUUAUCGGCGAGAAGGAAGACAUCGAUCAUGUGGACUAUCAUGUUCAAAAAUUGCGACAUGAUGAGGAUAUAUCCAUUCUUGAAAUCCAACAGCAAGUAGAUGAACUAACACGUAAGGAUUCGCAAAGGGCUGAAGGUGUUCCCUGGCGUAGAGGAGGAGCUAAAAAGGAACAAGCUCAAAUGGGCAGGGAACAGUUUGUAGAGACCGACGAAAGCACUAUGCUUAAGGUGGAUAGAGACGAAACCACCACUGAGCAAGAGCAACAAAAGCUUACCUUGGACCAAGGAGCUGGUGUAGCUUGGAGACAAGGUAAACGCCUCGAGCCAGAAUGCCAACCUUAUGCGCAGACAGAAACCUCUGCUGUGCUAAGAUUAGAUCGUUUAAUCGAGCAAGAAGGGAAGCAACCACAAGAACAAACCGAGCUUCAGCCAGCUCCAUGGCGCCGAGGGCCGAAAGUAGCUUCGAUCACACCCGUGCAAAUAACCGAACAGGAAGAUACUGCAAAGCUCGUUGUGGAGCAAACAGAGCAGGAACUUGUACAAGAUACGAAACCCAACGAACAACCGGUAGCCUGGCGAAGAGGACCUAAAAUCCCCACAGAACCAGCGCCGGAAGAGCUGCAACCAGAAGUAGAAGAGCGUCCCGAAACGCAACUUCCACCAUGGAUGCGUGGACGCAAACCGGGACCGAAACGAGAAAUACCGAAACCACCAGAGCCGGAAAAGGUUGAACAGAUUAUGCUUAAACCUACACCACGUCAAUCGAAGGAGCUUCCAAAAGAGACUAUCGAGGAGGUUUCGCUGAAACCAGUACCCAAGAGGGCAACUGUGGAGGAAGUUCCUGUUGUGGAGCAAGAGGAAGUCGAAGAGAAAACGGUUAAGAUCGUUAAGAAGAAAAAGCCAAAAUCUGGGCCACAACAACAGAAAUCGUUGGAGAAACUGGAAUUUACUCCCACAGAUGUACCCGAGAUUGAAAAGAUGGAACUACCGGAAAAGUUGGACGAAUUAAAACCCAAGGAGCCAGAACAAGAGGCUGAAAAGCCAAGCUGGCGUAGACAACAAAAGCCAAAGCCGCAAGAAGAAGUUCCGGAGGAAAAACAAUGGCCCACGGGUAAGAGACGUCCUCUUCCAGAUGAACCUAAGGAAGAGGUGGUCCUCAAGCCAAUUCCUCGACCAACGAAAGAAGUAGAACCUAAGGUAGCAGAAGAACCCAUUAUUAAACCGAAACCAAUCCCAGAACUCGAUGAUAAACCUGAACCAGAGCAGGAACUAGACAAACCCGUUGUACCAGAAGAAGACACCAGUCUUCCACCAUGGCGGCGGGGAAAGAAACUGGUUGAGAAGAAACCUAUUCCUGCUCCAGCAGAGCCAGAAAAGGUUGAACAGAUUAUGCUUAAACCGACACCACGUCAAACGAAGGAGCUUCCAAAAGAGACUAUCGAGGAGGUUUCGCUGAAACCAGUACCCAAGAGGGCAACUGUGGAGGAAGUUCCUGUUGCGGAGCAAGAGGAAGUCGAAGAGAAAACGGUUAAGAUCGUUAAGAAGAAAAAGCCAAAAUCUGGGCCACAACAACAGGAUUCGUUGGAGAAACUGGAAUUUACUCCCACAGAUGUACCCGAGAUUGGAAAGAUGGAACUACCGGAAAAGUUGGACGAAUUAAAACCCAAGGAGCCAGAACAAGAGGCUGAAAAACCAAGCUGGCGUAGACAACAAAAGCCAAAGCCGCAAGAAGAAGUUCCGGAGGAAAAACAAUGGCCCACGGGUAAGAGACGUCCUCUUCCAGUUGAACCUAAGGAAGAGGUGGUCCUCAAGCCAAUUCCUCGACCAACGAAAGAAGUAGAACCUAAGGUAGCAGAAGAACCCAUUAUUAAACCGAAACCAAUCCCAGAACUCGAUGAUCAACCUGAACCAGAACAGGAACUAGACAAACCCGUUGUACCAGAAGAAGACACCAGUCUUCCACCAUGGCGGCGGGGAAAGAAACUGGUUGAGAAGAAACCUAUUCCUGCUCCAGCAGAGCCAGAAAAGGUUGAACAGAUUAUGCUUAAACCGACACCACGUCAAACGAAGGAGCUUCCAAAAGAGACUAUCGAGGAGGUUUCGCUGAAACCAGUACCCAAGAGGGCAACUGUGGAGGAAGUUCCUGUUGUGGAGCAAGAGGAAGUCGAAGAGAAAACGGUUAAGAUCGUUAAGAAGAAAAAGCCAAAAUCUGGGCCACAACAACAGGAAUCGUUGGAGAAACUGGAAUUUACUCCCACAGAUGUACCCGAGAUUGAAAAGAUGGAACUACCGGAAAAGUUGGACGAAUUAAAACCCAAGGAGCCAGCACAAGAGGCUGAAAAGCCAAGCUGGCGUAGACAACAAAAGCCAAAGCCGCAAGAAGAAGUUCCGGAGGAAAAACAAUGGCCCACGGGUAAGAGACGUCCUCUUCCAGAUGAACCUAAGGAAGAGGUGGUCCUCAAGCCAAUUCCUCGACCAACGAAAGAAGUAGAACCUAAGGUAGCAGAAGAACCCAUUAUUAAACCGAAACCAAUCCCAGAACUCGAUGAUAAACCUGAACCAGAGCAGGAACUAGACAAACCCGUUGUACCAGAAGAAGACACCAGUCUUCCACCAUGGCGGCGGGGAAAGAAAGCAGGCCCGAAGCGAGAAAUCCCUGCUCCCGAACCUGCUGUCUUGGAAACGGUCACACUAAAACCCACACCGAAGCGGACUAAAGAAUUACCUCAAGAAACAAUGGAAGAAGUAUCCUUGAAACCUGUGCCUCAGCAAAUGGAGAUUGAAGAUGUUCUGGCCGAUACGGUGUCAGUUGCUGAGGUGAAAGAAAUCGUCCCAAAGAAAGUAAAGAAACCAAAACGAAAGGAAGAAAUUGAACUUUUGGAAAUGCCAGUCUAUGCGAAGAUUCCAGAACAGGAAGACGUACAGUUGGAAAAGACGGAAUAUGCCGCUCAAGAGAUGCCUAAAGAACAGGAAUCAGGUCCUGAACAACCGCCUUGGAGAAGAACUCCGAAGAAGCCGAAGCCAGUUGAAACGGAAGAGCAAGAAAAGAAAUGGCCUACCGGUAAGCGACGUCCUGCAGUAGAAGAGCCCGAAGAGGAAGUAGUGUUAAAACCAAUUCCAAAACCAACUAAAGACGUCGAACCAGAACCAAAACAGCAGGCUACAAUCCAACCGAAGCAAUCGGAACCUGUACCAAAGGAAGCAUCACCGGAACAAACUCCAUGGCGCCGUGGAAAGAAGGAUAAGCCCCUUCCCGAAGUAGAGGAGCCAAAGGAAUGGCCGAAAGGAAAACGAAGACCUCUGCCGGAAACUCCACAAGAGGAAGUAGUACUCAAACCGAUACCUAAACCGUCGAAAGACGAAACUCCAAAACCGACCGAAGAACCAACAAUUAUACAGCGGGAACCUAAGCUUCCAGAACCGGAACAGUCAAAACCUGCACCAUGGCGUCGUGGAAAGAAGGAACUCCCCAUGGAGGAGGUCCAUAAGGAAGAGGUUACGCUUAAACCCAUCCCAAAACGCGUUGAACCAGACCAAAUGGUUCAGGAAGAAGUUAUUCUGAAGCCAGUUCCUGCGCAAGAGGCGGUAAUCGAGGAAGUGCCCGCGCCACAUGAACUACAGCCCGUACGUGAUGUGAAGAUUGAAGAGACGGUCACAAAAAAAACGAAACGCAUCAAAAAGCAAAUCAUCAGACCAAAGUUCCCUGAGUCGGGUAUUGCAGAGGUGGAAGAAUCGAUAACAUUUGAAGAAUCCGAAGAACCGGCACGAGUGGCAGAAACGAUCGUUGAUAUUGUACCAGAGGAAGUGUUGGAUCUCAUUCCCGAGUUGGCACCGCGUGAAACCGCUAAGAAGCGAAAGUCGCGCAACAAAAAGCACGUUGUAUUCAAGGAAGAACUCAGCACAUUUGCGAUGGAGCCCGAAGAUGAAGAUGAAGCGGACGAGGAAGAAAUGGAGCAAGUACAGGAGAUUUCUAGAUCCAGCAUAACGCUUACGCGUCCCGUUCCGGAGACCAAGCCAAUGGCCGCACCCAUUGAAGAUGUUAACAUUGAGGAACAGACUGAGUUCCGCAAAGAAAUGGAGGUGCGAGUACAGUCUAACGUGGUGAAAAAGGAAAAACAACGGCGUGUGUUUAUUGACGAUAGUCAACCGCUGCCAGAACUGGAAAUUAUUACCCAGAAGCGCAUCCAAGAAGUCACAGAUAAGAUCGCUGAAGAGGAUAUUCGCGAGGACCGUCUGUUGAUGGAAACGACUCAACAGCAUAUCGCCGAAACCAAGAUCCAAGAGCAAACGUUGAAGAUUAGUAAACCCAAAGUCCAACCUCCCAACAUAGUAGAGAAAUUGCAGCCCCAGAUAUGCGAAACUGACAAACCGGUACUGUUACGCUGUCGCAUUGAAGGCAUUCCGUUCCCAACGGUGCAGUGGUACUUUAACGAUACGAUGUUGUUCGCCAACUCGGAAUACAUCAUGAACGUGGUGGAGGAUGUGGCCACUUUGGAAAUCGCUACCGUGCAACCCUACCAUGUCGGAAUCUACACUUGCGAGGCUAAGAAUGAGGCCGGCGUGGCUAUCAGCAAAGCUAACAUCAUCGUCCAGGAGAAACCAGAGCAUGGUGAAGCACCACGCUUUGUUGUUCCGCUGAAGAUCGACCUGAACGCACAGAAAACGGUUGCGACCGUGACAUGUCAAGUGGCAGGUAUUCCCACUCCGAAAGUACGCUGGCUGCGUGAUGAUAUAGAGAUCAUUGAGGAGGAGGAGGAAGAGAUCGAAACAUACUACGUAGAACAAACAGGACAUGUGCGGUUGACAGUGAAGCAGCCGAAGCAGAACGUACCGGUUGUGUUUACCGUACUGGCGGAGAACAAUUUCGGAAAGGCUGUGGGUAAAGCAAACGUGUACAUCCAGUCGGUAAUGUUGGAACGGGUGAAACCAUCAGCAGUUGCUCCACAGAUUGUGCAACCACUGGAGGCACAGGUUGUACGUACAGGCAGCACGCUUGUGUUCGAGUGUCGGUACACCGGCGUUCCUAAGCCCACUGUUAAAUGGUUCCGCAAUAGCAAAGAGGUUGUGGAAGAGGAGGAAGAAGUCAUCAUCACCAACGAAGAGUACUACAGCCGACUGGAAAUUCGUCGAGUGACCCGUCAGAGAGGUGGCAAGUAUGAGAUUAAUGUAACAAACGAGGCUGGCCAGGCUAAAUCGUCUGCCUCCGUUGCUAUCUCCGAUGCUACUGACACUGACGAAGCCAAAGCACCGCGGUUCAUUGAACCGUUAGUGCCGAAAUUAAUCGCCGAAGCCGAGGUAUGCAUUCUAGAAGCAUCAGUCGAGAGCUAUCCCACCUCAACCUUCCAGUGGUUCAAGGAAGGCACUGCCAUUAAGUCGACCAAUGAGCAGCGCAUCGUUACGAAGGAGAACCGCUCGAUUCUGAUCAUUGAGUCGUUCACCCGCAAGGAUACAGGCGCGUAUACGUGCCGAGCGGAAAAUGUAGCCGGUUCGGUAACUUCUACUGCAACCGUCCAAACGUUGGACACCAUCGAAACCGAGGAAGUUACCGAAUACAUAUCACCGCGGUUUUUGGAGACAAUCAAACCGACGCGUGUUAUGGAUGGAGAGCGGUUAACGCUCGAGUGUCAGGUGGUGGCUUUGCCGUUACCAAAGGUUCACUGGUACCACAAUUCGCAGCUGAUUCAAGAGACAAAGGACAAGCAGGUACAGCAGGACUCUACCGGGCGCUGUGUGCUCACAAUUAGCGAAGUGUUUCCCGAGGAUAAGGGUGAGUAUACAUGCGUGGCCACCAAUAAAAUCGGCGAGGCCAUAUGUCGCACUACUGUCAACGUAGAGCCGUUCGAGUAUGUGCCCGACUCGGAGCAGUUCCGUAGUUCAGAAGAAGAUUUGUUGACUGAUAAGUCUAUUUCAACACUCGAAGAGUAUGCGGAACCGAUCGAGUAUGCGCCGCAGAUUGUGAAACAACUGCCCACGAUCAUACACACGCAGGAACGCGAGUUGACCAAGCUAGAGGUGAAAGUACUUGCCCAUCCGAAGCCCCAGAUUCGUUGGCUAAAGAUGGGCGAGGAGAUUAUUCCAUCGGAGGAGUUUCAAAUUGAGAACUUUGAUGAUGGAACCUCCAUACUCAUCAUCAACGAUAUUUACCCGGAUGACUCAGGAGAAAUUACGUUCGAAGCACAUAACGCACUCGGAGUGGCGCUGACAACUGCAGAACUGGUGGUGGAAGAAAUUGUCGGAACCAAAGCGUAUCGCAAACCGGAAUGGGUACAGCAUAUGGAAGAACUGAAGGAGGCACUCCAAGAAACACCCGAUCUCAGAGAAGACGCUCGUAGCACUAGCGGCAACACUGCGAUUACCACCAUCACCACGAACAACACCACUGUCACGAAGAAAAAACACAAAAAACUUCGCUCCGACAGGAGGCAACAGCACAAACACGAAGAAGAGACAGAGAUUGUCGACAGCGAAGAAUCGAUCGAGGAACGCAGACGGCUAUCACAGCAACGUCGAAGACAACCCCUGCAAACGCUGCGGCCUGUGCUGCCCAGCGAGGAGCAGGUUGUGGAAGAAUUGGCCCCCGAUUUUCUUACUUCGCCUGUACGGGAAACGCACAGCCUUCCUUUGGAAGUAGCGUCCGUAACAAGCGAAUCGACCGUGUUGAGCCAGGUGUCAAACCUAGUCGAGCCUGAUUCUACCGUCGGCACUAGUGCUACGGUGAAGGUCGUGCCGGAAACGGCAUUAGUAACUGAGGAGAUCUUUUUGUCCGAACGAGAAUCGGACACGGUGAUAUUAAACAGUACGCGUUUAGCGACAAAUCCGCACUACAAGCUUUUUGGUCUGAAUGAGCCGGUUCAGGUUUCCGAGGUGAGUCCGCAGGAAAGUUCACUAGACCAGGGUAUGAUAGCCAUGCCGCAGGAGGCCUUAGCCACUACCGAUUUUGUACCCGUGCAACCGCUUGUUGUCAGCGAGUCUACGCCGCAAGAUUCAACAGCUGUGUUGCUGAAAGCAAUCGAGAAUGUCAGCUGCGCUACGUUGCAACUUCUGACGCACGAUGCAACUAUUGUACAAGAAACCGUGUCGUCACAGUCUGAGCAAGAGUUAUCGGUCCUGCAACGUCCAACACCCAGUCAUGCAUACUCCAACGUACUAUCAAAGGAAUCACUACAAGUAACUGAAGUAAGUCGUAUCGAGAAGGAAGACAUAUUCGACGGUCAUCUGAAAUUACCUACCGUACAACCACACUACCAGAUACUUCCUUCUGAGUCCAUUCUGACUGAAGAGACCAUCACACAGGACGCACCAAGCCGCUACUACCCUGAACUAGUCGUGCCUACGGAAAGUGCUCGUCCGGCUAUUGUCGAACAGAAAUCCUACACAACCGAAGUUAUGAACGCUCCGGAAAAGGAGGACACCUAUCAACCCGGUCGUUUACCUCCGCAGCAAUGGGCUGAUGUGAAACUGUUAACAAAAGAGCCGUUGUCCGUAACGGCACAACAAGUAGAGGAGUCUGAGAUUGAGUUCUCGACUACACCAACAGUAAGCUCCUACCAAGCAAUCGGUUCCGUCGCAAUGUUCGAAAACCAACUCACGACGCAACUUGUUAAUGACAAUAUCACCACGCAAGACUUGCAGGCUCUGCCAUUCGAGCAUAAACGCGCUAAUGUGGAGUUCCUGGAGCGUACGAGUAUCUCGGUGUCGAAAGUAAUGAGCAAUGAAGCUGAAGCAUCUCUGGCACCGUUUACAGUUGCGGAUUCCGCAAUGGCACAGAGUACUCUUACCGCACUCAAACCGGUAAGUCAAUCGAUGCUGCAGUUUAUCCACGAGAAGGAAACCCAGCACCAGGGAGCUCCUCGGCCCAACGAAGCUAUUGCCUCCACUCUGCUCGAACCCAUACAGAAUCUUGCUGUCACUGAAAUAGAGACAGCCGAUACUGCCGGUCGAUUCUCACCGGAAGCUGUGGAUCGCUCAGAACAAGCAUCAGCCAGCUUUGUUCCAGUGCAAUCGCACACCGUCGCGAUGGUGGAAGCGAAUGAAAAAGAAGCUGAUCUUGCCGCCAAAACACUCAUGCCCUCGGCCUAUGCUGAGACGCAGAUUAACCUUCAGCAUCAACUCGAAGUUGUGCAACAUUUAACAGCUGAACGUGAAUACACUUUCCAACCCGAGACCAUGCCACUCGAUCAAGUACUAAAACCAACGCCCACUGACAGUCUGAAGUCAGUGCUGAUAGAGGAAACGAUAGCCAACGUUUCCGCUGGUGAUUUACAACAUGUCACUCCCUCAUCUCAGCUGGCACGUGUCGUACGUUCUGGUGAACACGAGGAGAAGAUAGUUUCUGAAACGACCAUCUAUGAAACGCUACGUUCCCAAGAAGAAGUAGUGAAACCGAAAGAGAAAACUGCAGAACUUCAGCUGCCCAGUUUGGCGAAUGAACUGAUUGUGACGGAGGUUAUCAGUGGGCAAAUAGCGAGUGAUGAAUGUAAAUUGCAUGAGUUGGCAAAGGAUCAAACGCUCAAACCCAUCCCAACUCACUCGCUCAAAACGGUGCUGGUUGAGGAAACGGUUACCAGUGAAGGGGUGGAAUGUUUGGAUAUUCAGCAGACAUACGGCGCCACCACAGUUAGUGUGAAGGGUGACGAACUGGAAGAAACCAUUGUAUCAGAAUCGAUCGUAUUGGAAGGUACGGUACAGUACACGAUACCUGAUACUCCCGCACAAAAGUCUGCCAUUGCCAACGUUGAGCGUCCUGUCGAAGGAUUAACCGUGACAGAGGUAGUAUCGGAGCAGCGCGAACAGGAAGACGCAAUACAACCUGCCAAAGAUUGCUCAGCAAAAGCCAUACCAACCGAAGCACUCAAAUCUAUACUCGUCGAAGAAGUACAGCUGUCUAGCCAUGCCGAUACACUGGAGGCUUUGGAGGCACACAGUUUUGGGGCAAUCGUCAUGAUUGGAGAUUCCCUUGAACAGACUACCGUGCAAGAGCUGCUAAUCUUAGAAGAUGUUAACAAACUUAAAGAGGAUACUAAACCCGAGCAUAAACAAGCGGAAGCACUUCUCCAGCCUCGCUCAGAACUCACCAUAACCGAGGUAAUCGCUGAAGAUCGCGAACGGGAAGGUUUUGAUGUGGUCGAAAUAGCUAAAGACUAUUCUGCUCGUUCCGUGCCGACACAUACCCUCAAAUCUAUACUGGUCGAAACCACCGAAACGGUCGAUUCGGUAGCUAACAUAGUUGCACCCGUUAUACCAGAGUAUCUUGCUACAUUGCAGCGUGAUCAAUUAGAAGAGAAGAUUGUCAGUGAACAACUUGUGUUAGAAGGCGUUCAUCAGUACGAACAAGAACCAUUCUCCAUGCGCCAAGCAGUUCCAGCUCUCGAACCAAACACCGAGCUGACGAUAACGGAAGUAAUGAUCGAGCAGAAAGAACAAGAAAAGGUUGACGAGAUGAUGACCAAGGAUGCACACGCGCUGUCAAUGCCAACACACAUGCUCAAAACGGUCACAGUAGAACAGGUUGAAGCGUCUGAAAGCCUUGAUACCAUGCAGCAACCCAUUUCAGUCGAAAGCCUGGCAAGCGUACGCAGCGAUCAGCUCGAGCAAAUGGUGGUUUCGGAAACGAUUCCUUACGAAGCCACUGCCGGUAUGGUUGAAGAGAAUAAACCGACGGGAAAACGUGCCGAUUUGACGAUUAUUCCAAUCAAUGAACUUCUCGUUAGUGAAACCGUGCCUGAACAGAAGGAGCGGGAAGGUUUCAGUGUGGCGGAUAUCGCUCAGGAUUAUGUUGCGAAACAGGUACCGGCACAUUCGUUCAAAUCGGUCCUCGUGGAGGAAACUGUCGCCAGUGAAGAUGCCUCCCAACUGACGCACGCGACUGAUAAUGUAACGAAAGCAACGACCCAGAGUGACGAACUGGAACAAACCACCGUAUCUGAAACAUUUGCCUUUGAAGAAACGCCUAUUUUGGAAGCGACUCCGAAACCCGCUCCUAAAUCAGCCGAAUCUCUGUACGAACCGCAGAUCGGAGUAAUCGUAACGGAAAUUAACACAGGACACAAGGAGUGUGAUGGUUUCAGUGUGGCAGAGCUUGCCCAAGAUCACACGGCCAUACCAGUCGCAGGACAUGCGCUUAAGACGGUCAUAAUAGAAGAAGUCUCAGUAUCUGACACGAUUGAUCAGUUCAAGUCGCCACAGCAAAUGCUCAGUUCAGCUUCUGUGCGUAGCGAACAGUACGAACAAACAACAGUACAGGAAACAACCGUCUACGAAGGAUCAGAGCAGCUGCCGGUGGAUGAGAUACCAGCAGCAAAAUCUGCCGAUCGCACAUUUGUACCCAACGCUGAGCUGGUGGUUACCGAAAUCGUAAGCGAACAAAAAGAAAGAGAGGGAUACAAUGUGGAUGACCUGGCUCGUGACCACACGGCAACAACAUCGGUAACGACGCACUCACUCAAAACCGUUACUAUUCAGGAAACACUGACGGAAGAACGCGUUGACAAGCUUCAAGACGAGCAGACAGCUGAAGCCACUUCCGCCACUUGUACAGACGACAAACUGGAGGAGACUGUAGUGCGGCAACCGCUUGUGCUAGAGACCAUCGAUAACUACACGAUGGACUUCACUCCUUCGGAAAAGCAAGCGCUACCAAACGUAACGCCUAUGACUGAACUGCUUGUGACGGAAGUAGUGGUGGAACAGAAGGAAAAGGAAGGCUACUCGGUGCACGAUAUCGCACAAGAGCAUAUUGUCAAAAUACUUCCAUCGCAUACCCUUAAGUCGAUCAUCGUGGAAGAAGUGCAAACAUCGGACGUUGUGGAAGAUGUGGAGGAACUGCGCUCGGUCCUAUUCAAAGCAAGUGUACGAAAAGAGCAGCUGGAAUCACAAACCACCACGGAACAAUUAGUACUAGAGGGCCUGGAGAAACUUGACGAACAACAAAAACCUACCCACAAAUCUGCUACUUCUAACAUUGAGCCCAUUAGUGAGCUACUCGUGACAGAAGUCGUUACCGAACAGAAAGAACUGGAAGGGUACGAUGUUCAGCAGAUCGCGAGCAACUACAAUGCUAAGGAAGUUCCUUCCCACACAUUACGAUCAGCACUCAUAGAAGAAACACAUGCCAUAGAUGAUGUAAAACAAUUCCUCGAAACACCAAAUGCAUCUCAUGCCAAACCACUGGCGGAUGAGAUAGAGGAGCGUGUCAUUGCGGAAACGGUUGUGCUGGAGAAUGUUGACACACUUGAACAAGCAGGACAACCGGAGGAAAAAUACGCGGAAACAGUACUGCCACGCCAAACGGAAUUACAGGUCACGGAAGUGAUCACGGAGCAGAAGGAGAAGGAUGGAUACAACUUAUCAGAUAUAAUAGUACAACAGUCGGUGAAAACGGUGACCACUGAACCGUUUAAGUCAAUCACGGUCGAGGAAGUAGUGCUUUCAAAUGCGACUGAGGAUAUUACUGAUAAAGAAGCGGUACCCACCACGCUGGCCACAGUGCGGAGCGAUGAACAUCAAGAAACGUCCAUUUCCGAACAGGUAGUGCUCGAAGCAACCGACCGUUUUGAACUACAAACUGUUCCAGAGAGCAAAACGGCAUCCACCUCGAUGCAGCCUCGUGAAGAACUGAUUGUUACGGAGGUAGUAAGUGAGCAAAAAGAAUCGGAAGGUUUCGAUGUGCAUGCAAUUGCCAGCGGCUAUUCGGCGCAUCUUGUUCCAUCACACAUACACAAAUCACUUGCGGUGGAACAGAUUCAUCCGGUCGAGAUGCACGGCGAGAUGAAGGCAGAAUCCACAAUUCCCACUGAGAAUCGGGCAUUGAUAAACGAGUCGGAACAUGAGCAGAAAACGGUACAAGAAACCAUGGUUUACGAAAUGUUAUCAGAGAAACCAACAGAUCAGACUCCAGAACAAAUAUUAGCAAACGUUGAAGUGCAACCGGUGCAAGAACUGGUUGUUACGGAAGUAGUCAUCGAACAAAAAGAACGAGAGGGCUUAGAUGUACACGCAAUAGCGAAAGAUUACACAGCUCAUCCAACUACGGCCGGUUUACUUAAAUCCAUUGCAAUACAAGAGGUACACUUAUCAGAUGACCUUGCCGAACUAGCUACAAGUAUUCCUACCGCUACAGCUACUUCACAAACGGACAGCUUGCAAGAAAUGAGCGGGUCAGAAACUACGGUACUGGAAGACAUUACAAACAUAGUACCAGCUGAUCGUCCUACGGGAAAGACUGCCACAACAACCGUUCUACCAAAUAUUGAACUGCAGGUAACGGAGGUAGUUGUUGAACAAAGAGAAAAGGAAGGCUACGACGUUAAAACAAUCGCUAAAGAUGUCCAUGCACAAACCCUUUCCGUUGCUGAACCAAUGAGAUCGAUUGUAGUAGAAGAAGUCCAUGCAAGUCAUGACACGCCUAACCUAUCAACGAAAGUUGACCAAAAGCAGGAGGCGACCACAAUCAAAGAUCAUCUCGAACAAACAAUCGUAAGUGAAACGUUGGUCUACGAGAAUUUAGGACAGGAGCAAGAUCGGCUAGCUCCGGUAGAACAUCGAGCAGAACCGAGUUUGGAUGCAAUAACUGGAGUAACCAUAACUGAAGUGAUCACCGAACAAAAAGCAAAGGAAGGCGUUGAUCUAACGGAAGUGGAUAGUCAAAAGGCAAAACUUGUACCGAGUGAUGCUAUGAAGUCCAUCACAGUCCUACAAGUGGACACACUUCAAAGUGUGUCCGAUGUCCCGAGAGACCAAACACCAAAAUCAAAGGCAUUAAUCAAAAGUGACACCAUCGAUGAAACGACCAUCAUUGAGACGAUGGUUUUGGAAGACAUAAACGAGUACAAACAAAAUCUGGAGCUGACUGAACAAACGGCUAAGGCACUGGCGGACAAGGAAAUCAAGAAGUCACUUCUUGUGGAGCAAGUAAUGACGUUGCAGGAAUCGAACUCGUUUAUGCUGGACGGUGCUAAACCAGUUGAAGCAUCCUUUACUCCAGAACAAAUGCUGCAGACUACCGUAGAGCAGAUGACCGUAUUCGAGGGAAUAGAACAGCUGACAUCAACGCUCUCUAUGGAUCAAAAGUAUCCCGUAUUCGAUAUGCAAGGACUGGAGCUUCCCGUUCAAAGCACUGUAGAUGUAUCAGUUGCUUUGAGUAAUUUAGCGCCAAUCCAAGAGGCCGCGGUUAGUGCUAAGCCCAUUCUCAUGGAACAGCUUCCUGCGGCUUCCAUCACGGAAACUGUGAGUCAAGACUCAUACGGCAAACUAUCGACAGCGAAGGAAACCACCGCUCAACAGGCGCAACGCAAGGUAUCCAAUUUAUGUGUAUCGUCUACAACCGAAACGGUGCUAGGUGAAGGGCUAGAAAGAACUGAUUACAGUCUACAGUCGGAGGCCCAAACUGCGUUCAUGAAGUUUACCGACAUGACAGUUGCGCCCCUGCAAUCCGAACCAUACACAUCUGAUUCGGCACAGCUCCUCGAGGCGACCGCGCAGCCACGUAAGUUUGCCUCUGCGACGCUGGAGGAAGGUUUGAAGGCACCUGAAUGUUUAGAGGUAGCUAGUAAUGAACAGAGCGACGUCGCCGUAGACUUUGUAGCGUCUGGCAGACGAGCAUCUGUUACCUUUAUCACUAACCAAACGGUCAAUGUUUCCGAAACGACUCUCGACGAGUACACAGAUCGGAUUGAGCUUGCUCAAGAGCCAGAACAACGGUUUGCAAGAUUGACAGAAUCUGCUUUGCUUACGUACGAGGAGUCUUGUCCUGUGAUAGCAAAGGAUCACACUGGCCACAAAACACGUACCACUACAUCACACAGCAAACAGAUCACAAGUCAAUCCACCACACAACAAGAAGAACAAAUCUCACACACUGAGGAUACACAAAACAUACUCAUUACCGAAAACACGAAAAAACAACUUACAAUGCCUGACGAUGUAGAAAACAUUCAAGUCGUUUAUGAUGCCGUCUAUGAUUCAAGUAGUCGUGAACUUCAACAGCUAGAUGUGCAACAGCUCAAGCAAGAUGAGGCAACCAGCGAGGAAGUACCUCAGGAAGAGGUUGACGAAUUGAUCCUCGCACAGGCUCCCUUGGAACAACCAGUUAUCGAAGAGCUUCCCGAACAUGUUGAGGUCGUUGAGACUGUCACCAAGGAGGGGAAACCCAAGAAGCAGGUCACCAAAACCAAGAUCAUCAAGAAGAAGACGGCCGCCAAGGUCGAGGAGGUGAAGAUUGUGACUGUACAGCAGGACGAUCAAGUACCUGAGACCACGGUCACAAUGACUGAAGAAGAAACAGCUCCUCAGAUUGUGCAAAGCACAUCGGACGAGAUGCCUAUGAUUGAGGUCGUCAAACCGAAGAAAAAGAAGGUGAAGACCAUCCGGAAGAAGGGUGAAGAUACUGAUCGCAUUGUCCAGAAGCUCCUCAGUUUGGAAGUCGAGAGCACUGAACCAGAACAAUAUCAACAACUCGAUGACGAUGUUCCCACUCUACCCAUCAUGCUUCAAUCUGCUGUGGAAGCUCUAGAAAUCGAACAGCUUCCCGAAGAGGUCAAGGUGACUGAAGUUAUCACCAAAACUGGUCAAGCGAAAAAGCAGAUCACGAAAAAGAAAACCAUCAAGAAACGCGUCGGCCAGAAGGAGGAACUCAUCGAAGUGGUCACUGUUGAGCAAGACGACAUGGCUCCAGAAACUACCAUUACUGUCACCGAAGAGGAGGUCCCGGAUUCCAAGCCAGUGGAUGACAAACCUAAACCCAAGAAGAAGAAGGUCAAGACCAUCAAGACCACCGACGAUUCUGACGAUAUCAUUGAGCGACUCCUUAAUCUUGAGGUACAUAAAACUGAACUGGAACAGUACGAGAAAAUUGACGUUGACCUACAGAAGCGUAUGCGCCCUGUAGAGGAAACAACGAUCGAGGAGCAUCCAGAAGUCGUCGAAGAGGUCAGAUCUGACUCAGGCGUAGUCAAGCAGAAGGUCGUCAAGAAGAAGAUCAUCAAGAAACGUGUCGGACCCAAGGAAGAGGUUACUGAGGAAGUUACCAUACAGGAAGAUGGCAAGCAGCCCGAAACAACGAUCACGAUCAGCGAGCAUGAGGUACCUUACGAGGUUACAGAGCCUUUCGAGGAAGAGCUCAAACCUCUCGAAGCUAUUGUGGAUGUGUAUCCCGAGCCUAUGGAAGCUACUCUCAAGACGAAGAGUACCAAGAUUAUCAAGAAAAAGGUGAAAAAGCUCAAGCAAGGUGAGGCAACCAGCGAGGAAGUACCUCAGGAAGAGGUUGACGAAUUGAUCCUCGCACAGGCUCCCUUGGAACAACCAGUUAUCGAAGAGCUUCCCGAACAUGUUGAGGUCGUUGAGACUGUCACCAAGGAAGGUAAUCCCAAGAAGCAGGUCACCAAAACCAAGAUCAUCAAGAAGAGGACGGCCGACAAGGUCGAGGAGGUGAAGAUUGUGACUGUACAGCAGGACGAUCAAGUACCUGAGACCACGGUCACAAUGACUGAAGAAGAAACAGCUCCUCAGAUUGUGCAAAGCACAUCGGACGAGAUGCCUAUGAUUGAGGUCGUCAAACCGAAGAAAAAGAAGGUGAAGACCAUCCGGAAGAAGGGUGAAGAUACUAAUCGCAUUGUCCAGAAGCUCCUCAGUUUGGAAGUCGAGAGCACUGAACCAGAACAAUAUCAACAACUCGAUGACGAUGUUCCAACUCUACCCAUCAUGCUUCAAUCUGCUGUGGAAGCUCUAGAAAUUGAAGAGCUUCCCGAAGAGGUCAAGGUGACUGAAGUUAUCACCAAAACUGGUCAAACGAAAAAGCAGAUCACGAAAAAGAAAACCAUCAAGAAACGCGUCGGCCAGAAGGAGGAACACAUCGAAGUGGUCACUGUUGAGCAAGACGACAUGGCUCCAGAAACUACCAUUACUGUCACCGAAGAGGAGGUCCCGGAUUCCAAGCCAGUGGAUGACAAACCUAAGCCCAAGAAGAAGAAGGUCAAGACCAUCAAGACCACCGACGAUUCUGACGAUAUCAUUGAGCGACUCCUUAAUCUUGAGGUACAUAAAACUGAACUGGAACAGUACGAGAAAAUCGACGUUGACCUACAAAAGCGUAUGCGUCCUGUAGAGAAAACAACGAUCGAGGAGCAUCCAGAAGUCGUCGAAGAGGUCAGAUCUGACUCAGGCGUAGUCAAGCAGAAGGUCGUCAAGAAGAAGAUCAUCAAGAAACGUGUCGGACCCAAGGAAGAGAUUACUGAGGAAGUUACCAUACAGGAAGAUGGCAAGCAGCCCGAAACAACGGUCACGAUCAGCGAGCAUGAGGUACCUUACGAGGUAACAGAGCCUUUCGAGGAAGAGCUCAAACCUCUCGAAGCUAUUGUGGAUGUGUAUCCUAAGCCGAUGGAAGCUACUCUCAAGACGAAGAGUACCAAGAUUAUCAAGAAAAAGGUGAAAAAGCUCAAGCAAGGUGAGGCAACCAGCGAAGAAGUACCUCAGGAAGAGGUUGACGAAUUGAUCCUCGCACAGGCUCCCUUGGAACAACCAGUUAUCGAAGAGCUUCCCGAACAUGUUGAGGUCGUUGAGACUGUCACCAAGGAAGGUAAGCCCAAGAAGCAGGUCACCAAAACCAAGAUCAUCAAGAAGAAGACGGCCGACAAGGUCGAGGAGGUGAAGAUUGUGACUGUACAGCAGGACGAUCAAGUACCUGAGACCACGGUCACAAUGACUGAAGAAGAAACAGCUCCUCAGAUUAUGCAAAGCACAUCGGACGAGAUGCCUAUGAUUGAGGUCGUCAAACCGAAGAAAAAGAAGGUGAAGACCAUCCGGAAGAAGGGUGAAGAUACUGAGCGCAUUGUCCAGAAGCUCCUCAGUUUGGAAGUCGAGAGCACUGAACCAGAACAAUAUCAACAACUCGAUGACGAUGCUCCAACUCUACCCAUCAUGCUUCAAUCUGCUGUGGAAGCUCUAGAAAUCGAAGAGCUUCCCGAAGAGGUCAAGGUGACUGAAGUUAUCACCAAAACUGGUCAAGCGAAAAAGCAGAUCACGAAAAAGAAAACCAUCAAGAAACGCGUCGGCCAGAAGGAGGAACACAUCGAAGUGGUCACUGUUGAGCAAGACGACAUGGCUCCAGAAACUACCAUUACUGUCACCGAAGAGGAGGUCCCGGAUUCCAAACCAGUGGAUCACAAACCUAAGCCCAAGAAGAAGAAGGUCAAGACUAUCAAGACCACCGACGAUUCUGACGAUAUCAUUGAGCGACUCCUUAAUCUUGAGGUACAUAAAACUGAACUGGAACAGUACGAGAAAAUCGACGUUGACCUACAAAAGCGUAUGCGCCAUGUAGAGGAAACAACGAUCGAGGAGCAUCCAGAAGUCGUCGAAGAGGUCAGAUCUGACUCAGGCGUAGUCAAGAAGAAGGUCGUCAAGAAGAAGAUCAUCAAGAAACGUGUCGGACCCAAGGAAGAGGUUACUGAGGAAGUUACCAUACAGGAAGAUGGCAAGCAGCCCGAAACAACGGUCACGAUCAGCGAGCAUGAGGUACCUUACGAGGUUACAGAGCCUUUCGAGGAAGAGCUCAAACCUCUCGAAGCUAUUGUGGAUGUGUAUCCCGAGCCUAUGGAAGCUACUCUCAAGGCGAAGAGUACCAAGAUUAUCAAGAAAAAAUUGAAAAAACUCAAGCAAAGUGAGGCAACCAGCGAGGAAGUACCUCAGGAAGAGGUUGACGAAUUGAUCCUCGCACAGGCUCCCUUGGAACAACCAGUUAUCGAAGAGCUUCCCGAACAUGUUGAGGUCGUUGAGACUGUCACCAAGGAGGGGAAACCCAAGAAGCAGGUCACCAAAACCAAGAUCAUUAAGAAGAAGACGGCCGACAAGGUCGAGGAGGUGAAGAUUGUGACUGUACAGCAGGACGAUCAAGUACCUGAGACCACGGUCACAAUGACUGAAGAAGAAACAGCUCCUCAGAUUAUGCAAAGCACAUCGGACGAGAUGCCUAUGAUUGAGGUCGUCAAACCGAAGAAAAAGAAGGUGAAGACCAUCCGGAAGAAGGGUGAAGAUACUGAGCGCAUUGUCCAGAAGCUCCUCAGUUUGGAAGUCGAGAGCACUGAACCAGAACAAUAUCAACAACUCGAUGACGAUGUUCCCACUCUACCCAUCAUGCUUCAAUCUGCUGUGGAAGCUCUAGAAAUCGAAGAGCUUCCCGAAGAGGUCAAGGUGACUGAAGUUAUCACCAAAACUGGUCAAGCGAAAAAGCAGAUCACGAAAAAGAAAACCAUCAAGAAACGCGUCGGCCAGAAGGAGGAACACAUCGAAGUGGUCACUGUUGAACAAGACGACAUGGCUCCAGAAACUACCAUUACUGUCACCGAAGAGGAGGUCCCGGAUUCCAAGCCAGUGGAUGACAAACCUAAACCCAAGAAGAAGAAGGUCAAGACCAUCAAGACCACCGACGAUUCUGACGAUAUCAUUGAGCGACUCCUUAAUCUUGAGGUACAUAAAACUGAACUGGAACAGUACGAGAAAAUCGACGUUGACCUACAGAAGCGUAUGCGCCCUGUAGAGGAAACAACGAUCGAGGAGCAUCCAGAAGUUGUCGAAGAGGUCAGAUCUGACUCAGGCGUAGUCAAGAAGAAGGUCGUCAAGAAGAAGAUCAUCAAGAAACGUGUCGGACCCAAGGAAGAGGUUACUGAGGAAGUUACCAUACAGGAAGAUGGCAAGCAGCCCGAAACAACGGUCACGAUCAGCGAGCAUGAGGUACCUUACGAGGUUACAGAGCCUUUCGAGGAAGAGCUCAAACCUCUCGAAGCUAUUGUGGAUGUGUAUCCCGAGCCUAUGGAAGCUACUCUCAAGACGAAGAGUACCAAGAUUAUCAAGAAAAAGGUGAAAAAGCUCAAGCACGGUGAGGCAACCAGCGAGGAAGUACCUCAGGAAGAGGUUGACGAAUUGAUCCUCGCACAGGCUCCCUUGGAACAACCAGUUAUCGAAGAGCUUCCCGAACAUGUUGAGGUCGUUGAGACUGUCACCAAGGAAGGUAAGCCCAAGAAGCAGGUCACCAAAACCAAGAUCAUCAAGAAGAAGACGGCCGACAAGGUCGAGGAGGUGAAGAUUGUGACUGUACAGCAGGACGAUCAAGUACCUGAGACCACGGUCACAAUGACUGAAGAAGAAACAGCUCCUCAGAUUAUGCAAAGCACAUCGGACGAGAUGCCUAUGAUUGAGGUCGUCAAACCGAAGAAAAAGAAGGUGAAGACCAUCCGGAAGAAGGGUGAAGAUACUGAUCGCAUUGUCCAGAAGCUCCUCAGUUUGGAAGUCGAGAGCACUGAACCAGAACAAUAUCAACAACUCGAUGACGAUGUUCCAACUCUACCCAUCAUGCUUCAAUCUGCUGUGGAAGCUCUAGAAAUCGAAGAGCUUCCCGAAGAGGUCAAGGUGACUGAAGUUAUCACCAAAACUGGUCAAGCGAAAAAGCAGAUCACGAAAAAGAAAACCAUCAAGAAACGCGUCGGCCAGAAGGAGGAACUCAUCGAAGUAGUCACUGUUGAGCAAGACGACAUGGCUCCAGAAACUACCAUUACUGUCACCGAAGAGGAGGUCCCGGAUUCCAAGCCAGUGGAUGACAAACCUAAGCCCAAGAAGAAGAAGGUCAAGACCAUCAAGACCACCGACGAUUCUGACGAUAUCAUUGAGCGACUCCUUAAUCUUGAGGUACAUAAAACUGAACUGGAACAGUACGAGAAAAUCGACGUUGACCUACAGAAGCGUAUGCGCCCUGUAGAGGAAACAACGAUCGAGGAGCAUCCAGAAAUCGUCGAAGAGGUCAGAUCUGACUCAGGCGUAGUCAAGAAGAAGAUCGUCAAGAAGAAGAUUAUCAAGAAACGUGUCGGACCCAAGGAAGAGGUUACUGAGGAAGUUACCAUACAGGAAGAUGGCAAGCAGCCCGAAACAACGGUCACGAUCAGCGAGCAUGAGGCACCUUACGAGGUAACAGAGCUUUUCGAGGAAGAGCUCAAACCUCUCGAAGCUAUUGUGGAUGUGUAUCCCGAGCCUAUGGAAGCUACUCUCAAGACGAAGAGUACCAAGAUUAUCAAGAAAAGGGUGAAAAAACUCAAGCACGGUGAGGCAACCAGCGAGGAAGUACCUCAGGAAGAGGUUGACGAAUUGAUCCUCGCAGAAGCUCCCUUGGAACAACCAGUUAUCGAAGAGCUUCCCGAACAUGUUGAGGUCGUUGAGACUGUCACCAAGGAAGGUAAGCCCAAGAAGCAGGUCACCAAAACCAAGAUCAUCAAGAAGAGGACGGCCGACAAGGUCGAGGAGGUGAAGAUUGUGACUGUACAGCAGGACGAUCAAGUACCUGAGACCACGGUCAUAAUGACUGAAGAAGAAACAGCUCCUCAGAUUGUGCAAAGCACAUCGGACGAGAUGCCUAUGAUUGAGGUCGUCAAACCGAAGAAAAAGAAGGUGAAGACCAUCCGGAAGAAGGGUGAAGAUACUGAUCGCAUUGUCCAGAAGCUCCUCAGUUUGGAAGUCGAGAGCACUGAACCAGAACAAUAUCAACAACUCGAUGACGAUGUUCCCACUCUACCCAUCAUGCUUCAAUCUGCUGUGGAAGCUCUAGAAAUCGAAGAGCUUCCCGAAGAGGUCAAGGUGACUGAAGUUAUCACCAAAACUGGUCAAGCGAAAAAGCAGAUCACGAAAAAGAAAACCAUCAAGAAACGCGUCGGCCAGAAGGAGGAACACAUCGAAGUGGUCACUGUUGAACAAGACGACAUGGCUCCAGAAACUACCAUUACUGUCACCGAAGAGGAGGUCCCGGAUUCCAAGCCAGUGGAUGACAAACCUAAGCCCAAGAAGAAGAAGGUCAAGACCAUCAAGACCACCGACGAUUCUGACGAUAUCAUUGAGCGACUCCUUAAUCUUGAGGUACAUAAAACUGAACUGGAACAGUACGAGAAAAUUGACGUUGACCUACAGAAGCGUAUGCGCCCUGUAGAGGAAACAACGAUCGAGGAGCAUCCAGAAGUCGUCGAAGAGGUCAGAUCUGACUCAGGCGUAGUCAAGAAGAAGGUCGUCAAGAAGAAGAUCAUCAAGAAACGUGUCGGACCCAAGGAAGAGAUUACUGAGGAAGUUACCAUACAGGAAGAUGGCAAGCAGCCCGAAACAACGGUCACGAUCAGCGAGCAUGAGGCACCUUACGAGGUAACAGAGCUUUUCGAGGAAGAGCUCAAACCUCUCGAAGCUAUUGUGGAUGUGUAUCCCGAGCCUAUGGAAGCUACUCUCAAGACGAAGAGUACCAAGAUUAUCAAGAAAAAGGUGAAAAAGCUCAAGCAAGGUGAGGCAACCAGCGAGGAAGUACCUCAGGAAGAGGUUGACGAAUUGAUCCUCGCACAGGCUCCCUUGGAACAACCAGUUAUCGAAGAGCUUCCCGAACAUGUUGAAGUCGUUGAGACUGUCACCAAGGAAGGUAAGCCCAAGAAGCAGAUCACCAAAACCAAGAUCAUCAAGAAGAGGACGGCCGACAAGGUCGAGGAGGUGAAGAUUGUGACUGUACAGCAGGACGAUCAAGUACCUGAGACCACGGUCACAAUGACUGAAGAAGAAACAGCUCCUCAGAUUAUGCAAAGCACAUCGGACGAGAUGCCUAUGAUUGAGGUCGUCAAACCGAAGAAAAAGAAGGUGAAGACCAUCCGGAAGAAGGGUGUUGAUACGGAAGAUAUAGUUAAAGAAUUUCUGCAUUCAAACGUUUCGGUAUCUGAAACGGCACUGUAUGACCAGCCUUUGAUCGAGGAGACUGAAGAACAUUUAUCAGCUGAUAGUGAGCUUCCGAAAUCGAUCAAACCAACACAAAAAGCCAAACCCAAGAAGCAGACACACACAACCACUUCACAGCUUGACACACAAGACACACUUUCACAAUCAUGUAUUCUACCACAACCUCUGGAUGCUGAAGCUCACGAACACACAUCUCCAGAAUACAUCACCACAUUUGAAACAUGCACAGACAACAACCAGACAUUCAUAAAGUCCCGAAACAUUAAAAUCAUUAAGGAACAUGGCGCAGUAAUCGAAGAAACAUUCGAUGAUGCCGAUAUUCAAACUAUCUCUCAUGUGCCGUCAGAAGUUCUGAUUGAGGAAAUUGAAGAAUCUGCACCAUCACUCCACACCACACAACUCGAAGAAACACCUCAAAUCGAACAGGAAGUCGCCACAAAACAUAAACCCAAGAAGAAACAAACACAAACACAAGCAAACGAACAAUCCAAGACUGUAACAGUUGAGCAAGUUCAACCGAUUCCGGACGAAAUAGAACAUACCGCUGAAAUACGUACAGUAGUCUCAAAGAAGGCUAAAUCCAAAAAGUCCAAAGUUACUGUUAUUCAAGGGGUCACUGAAACUGUUGUUGUCGAAGACGAUGAGGAGCUGCCUUUACCAGUUCAGCUCAUUCCCGCUCCCGAACAAGCUGUUAUUGUUACUGAGCUUCCUGAACAAGUUUCCAUGCAAGAAAUAAUUACACCAACGGGAGAAGCGAAAAGGCAGAUCACGAAAAAGAAAACCAUCAAGAAACGCGUCGGCCAGAAGGAGGAACACAUCGAAGUGGUCACUGUUGAGCAAGACGACAUGGCUCCAGAAACUACCAUUACUGUCACCGAAGAGGAGGUCCCGGAUUCCAAGCCAGUGGAUGACAAACCUAAGCCCAAGAAGAAGAAGGUCAAGACCAUCAAGACCACCGACGAUUCUGACGAUAUCAUUGAGCGACUCCUUAAUCUUGAGGUACAUAAAACUGAACUGGAACAGUACGAGAAAAUUGACGUUGACCUACAGAAGCGUAUGCGCCCUGUAGAGGAAACAACGAUCGAGGAGCAUCCAGAAGUCGUCGAAGAGGUCAGAUCUGACUCAGGCGUAGUCAAGCAGAAGGUCGUCAAGAAGAAGAUCAUCAAGAAACGUGUCGGACCCAAGGAAAAGGUUACUGAGGAAGUUACCAUACAGGAAGAUGGCAAGCAGCCCGAAACAACGGUCACGAUCAGCGAGCAUGAGGUACCUUACGAGGUUACAGAGCCUUUCGAGGAAGAGCUCAAACCUCUCGAAGCUAUUGUGGAUGUGUAUCCCGAGCCUAUGGAAGCUACUCUCAAGACGAAGAGUACCAAGAUUAUCAAGAAAAAGGUGAAAAAGCUCAAGCAAAGUGAGCCAACCAGCGAGGAAGUACCUCAGGAAGAGGUUGACGAAUUGAUCCUCGCACAAGCUCCCUUGGAACAACCAGUUAUCGAAGAGCUUCCCGAACAUGUUGAAGUCGUUGAGACUGUCACCAAGGAAGGUAAGCCCAAGAAGCAGGUCACCAAAACCAAGAUCAUCAAGAAGAGGACGGCCGACAAGGUCGAGGAGGUGAAGAUUGUGACUGUACAGCAGGACGAUCAAGUACCUGAGACCACGGUCACAAUGACUGAAGAAGAAACUGCUCCUCAGAUUAUGCAAAGCACAUCGGACGAGAUGCCUAUGAUUGAGGUCGUCAAACCGAAGAAAAAGAAGGUGAAGACCAUCCGGAAGAAGGGUGAAGAUACUGAUCGCAUUGUCCAGAAGCUCCUCAGUUUGGAAGUCGAGAGCACUGAACCAGAACAAUAUCAACAACUCGAUGACGAUGUUCCCACUCUACCCAUCAUGCUUCAAUCUGCUGUGGAAGCUCUAGAAAUCGAAGAGCUUCCCGAAGAGGUCAAGGUGACUGAAGUUAUCACCAAAACUGGUCAAGCGAAAAAGCAGAUCACGAAAAAGAAAACCAUCAAGAAACGCGUCGGCCAGAAGGAGGAACACAUCGAAGUGGUCACUGUUGAGCAAGACGACAUGGCUCCAGAAACUACCAUUACUGUCACUGAAGAGGAGGUCCCGGAUUCCAAACCAAUGGAUGACAAACCUAAGCCCAAGAAGAAGAAGGUCAAGACCAUCAAGACCACCGACGAUUCUGACGAUAUCAUUGAGCGACUCCUUAAUCUUGAGGUACAUAAAACUGAACUGGAACAGUACGAGAAAAUUGACGUUGACCUACAGAAGCGUAUGCGCCCUGUAGAGGAAACAACGAUCGAGGAGCAUCCAGAAGUCGUCGAAGAGGUCAGAUCUGACUCAGGCGUAGUCAAGCAGAAGGUCGUCAAGAAGAAGAUCAUCAAGAAACGUGUCGGACCCAAGGAAGAGGUUACUGAGGAAGUUACCAUACAGGAAGAUGGCAAGCAGCCCGAAACAACGAUCACGAUCAGCGAGCAUGAGGUACCUUACGAGGUUACAGAGCCUUUCGAGGAAGAGCUCAAACCUCUCGAAGCUAUUGUGGAUGUGUAUCCCGAGCCUAUGGAAGCUACUCUCAAGACGAAGAGUACCAAGGUUAUCAAGAAAAAGGUGAAAAAGCUCAAGCAAGGUGAGGCAACCAGCGAGGAAGUACCUCAGGAAGAGGUUGACGAAUUGAUCCUCGCACAGGCUCCCUUGGAACAACCAGUUAUCGAAGAGCUUCCCGAACAUGUUGAGGUCGUUGAGACUGUCACCAAGGAAGGUAAGCCCAAGAAGCAGGUCACCAAAACCAAGAUCAUCAAGAAGAGGACGGCCGACAAGGUCGAGGAGGUGAAGAUUGUGACUGUACAGCAGGACGAUCAAGUACCUGAGACCACGGUCACAAUGACUGAAGAAGAAACAGCUCCUCAGAUUGUGCAAAGCACAUCGGACGAGAUGCCUAUGAUUGAGGUCGUCAAACCGAAGAAAAAGAAGGUGAAGACCAUCCGGAAGAAGGGUGAAGAUACUGAUCGCAUUGUCCAGAAGCUCCUCAGUUUGGAAGUCGAGAGCACUGAACCAGAACAAUAUCAACAACUCGAUGACGAUGUUCCCACUCUACCCAUCAUGCUUCAAUCUGCUGUGGAAGCUCUAGAAAUCGAAGAGCUUCCCGAAGAGGUCAAGGUGACUGAAGUUAUCACCAAAACUGGUCAAGCGAAAAAGCAGAUCACGAAAAAGAAAACCAUCAAGAAACGCGUCGGCCAGAAGGAGGAACACAUCGAAGUGGUCACUGUUGAACAAGACGACAUGGCUCCAGAAACUACCAUUACUGUCACCGAAGAGGAGGUCCCGGAUUCCAAGCCAGUGGAUGACAAACCUAAGCCCAAGAAGAAGAAGGUCAAGACCAUCAAGACCACCGACGAUUCUGACGAUAUCAUUGAGCGACUCCUUAAUCUUGAGGUACAUAAAACUGAACUGGAACAGUACGAGAAAAUCGACGUUGACCUACAGAAGCGUAUGCGCCCUGUAGAGGAAACAACGAUCGAGGAGCAUCCAGAAGUCGUCGAAGAGGUCAGAUCUGACUCAGGCGUAGUCAAGCAGAAGGUCGUCAAGAAGAAGAUUAUCAAGAAACGUGUCGGACCCAAGGAAGAGGUUACUGAGGAAGUUACCAUACAGGAAGAUGGCAAGCAGCCCGAAACAACGGUCACGAUCAGCGAGCAUGAGGUACCUUACGAGGUUACAGAGCCUUUCGAGGAAGAGCUCAAACCUCUCGAAGCUAUUGUGGAUGUGUAUCCCGAGCCUAUGGAAGCUACUCUCAAGACGAAGAGUACCAAGAUUAUCAAGAAAAAGGUGAAAAAGCUCAAGCAAGGUGAGGCAACCAGCGAGGAAGUACCUCAGGAAGAGGUUGACGAAUUGAUCCUCGCACAGGCUCCCUUGGAACAACCAGUUAUCGAAGAGCUUCCCGAACAUGUUGAAGUCGUUGAGACUGUCACCAAGGAAGGUAAGCCCAAGAAGCAGAUCACCAAAACCAAGAUCAUCAAGAAGAAGACGGCCGACAAGGUCGAGGAGGUGAAGAUUGUGACUGUACAGCAGGACGAUCAAGUACCUGAGACCACGGUCACAAUGACUGAAGAAGAAACAGCUCCUCAGAUUAUGCAAAGCACAUCGGACGAGAUGCCUAUGAUUGAGGUCGUCAAACCGAAGAAAAAGAAGGUGAAGACCAUCCGGAAGAAGGGUGAAGAUACUGAUCGCAUUGUCCAGAAGCUCCUCAGUUUGGAAGUCGAGAGCACUGAACCAGAACAAUAUCAACAACUCGAUGACGAUGUUCCCACUCUACCCAUCAUGCUUCAAUCUGCUGUGGAAGCUCUAGAAAUCGAAGAGCUUCCCGAAGAGGUCAAGGUGACUGAAGUUAUCACCAAAACUGGUCAAGCGAAAAAGCAGAUCACGAAAAAGAAAACCAUCAAGAAACGCGUCGGCCAGAAGGAGGAACACAUCGAAGUGGUCACUGUUGAACAAGACGACAUGGCUCCAGAAACUACCAUUACUGUCACCGAAGAGGAGGUCCCGGAUUCCAAGCCAGUGGAUGACAAACCUAAGCCCAAGAAGAAGAAGGUCAAGACCAUCAAGACCACCGACGAUUCUGACGAUAUCAUUGAGCGACUCCUUAAUCUUGAGGUACAUAAAACUGAACUGGAACAGUACGAGAAAAUCGACGUUGACCUACAGAAGCGUAUGCGCCCUGUAGAGGAAACAACGAUCGAGGAGCAUCCAGAAAUCGUCGAAGAGGUCAGAUCUGACUCAGGCGUAGUCAAGAAGAAGAUCGUCAAGAAGAAGAUCAUCAAGAAACGUGUCGGACCCAAGGAAGAGGUUACUGAGGAAGUUACCAUACAGGAAGAUGGCAAGCAGCCCGAAACAACGGUCACGAUCAGCGAGCAUGAGGUACCUUACGAGGUAACAGAGCUUUUCGAGGAAGAGCUCAAACCUCUCGAAGCUAUUGUGGAUGUGUAUCCCGAGCCUAUGGAAGCUACUCUCAAGACGAAGAGUACCAAGGUUAUCAAGAAAAAGGUGAAAAAGCUCAAGCAAGGUGAGGCAACCAGCGAGGAAGUACCUCAGGAAGAGGUUGACGAAUUGAUCCUCGCAGAAGCUCCCUUGGAACAACCAGUUAUCGAAGAGCUCCCCGAACAUGUUGAAGUCGUUGAGACUGUCACCAAGGAAGGUAAGCCCAAGAAGCAGAUCACCAAAACCAAGAUCAUCAAGAAGAAGACGGCCGACAAGGUCGAGGAGGUGAAGAUUGUGACUGUACAGCAGGACGAUCAAGUACCUGAGACCACGGUCACAAUGACUGAAGAAGAAACAGCUCCUCAGAUUAUGCAAAGCACAUCGGACGAGAUGCCUAUGAUUGAGGUCGUCAAACCGAAGAAAAAGAAGAUGAAGACCAUCCGGAAGAAGGGUGUUGAUACGGAAGAUAUAGUUAAAGAAUUUCUGCAUUCAAACGUUUCGGUAUCUGAAACGGCACUGUAUGACCAGCCUUUGAUCGAGGAGACUGAAGAACAUUUAUCAGCUGAUAGUGAGCUUCCGAAAUCGAUCAAACCAACACAAAAAGCCAAACCCAAGAAGCAGACACACACAACCACUUUACAGCUUGACACACAAGACACACUUUCACAAUCAUGUAUUCUACCACAACCUCUGGAUGCUGAAGCUCACGAACACACAUCUCCAGAAUACAUCACCACAUUUGAAACAUGCACAGACAACAACCAGACAUUCAUAAAGUCCCGAAACAUUAAAAUCAUUAAGGAACAUGGCGCAGUAAUCGAAGAAACAUUCGAUGAUGCCGAUAUUCAAACUAUCUCUCAUGUGCCGUCAGAAGUUCUGAUUGAGGAAAUUGAAGAAUCUGCACCAUCACUCCACACCACACAACUCGAAGAAACACCUCAAAUCGAACAGGAAGUCGCCACAAAACAUAAACCCAAGAAGAAACAAACACAAACACAAGCAAACGAACAAUCCAAGACUGUAACAGUUGAGCAAGUUCAACCGAUUCCGGACGAAAUAGAACAUACCGCUGAAAUACGUACAGUAGUCUCAAAGAAGGCUAAAUCCAAAAAGUCCAAAGUUACUGUUAUUCAAGGGGUCACUGAAACUGUUGUUGUCGAAGACGAUGAGGAGCUGCCUUUACCAGUUCAGCUCAUUCCCGCUCCCGAACAAGCUGUUAUUGUUACUGAGCUUCCUGAACAAGUUUCCAUGCAAGAAAUAAUUACACCAACGGGAGAAGCGAAAAGGCAGAUCACGAAAAAGAAAACCAUCAAGAAACGCGUCGGCCAGAAGGAGGAACACAUCGAAGUGGUCACUGUUGAGCAAGACGACAUGGCUCCAGAAACUACCAUUACUGUCACCGAAGAGGAGGUCCCGGAUUCCAAGCCAGUGGAUGACAAACCUAAGCCCAAGAAGAAGAAGGUCAAGACCAUCAAGACCACCGACGAUUCUGACGAUAUCAUUGAGCGACUCCUUAAUCUUGAGGUACAUAAAACUGAACUGGAACAGUACGAGAAAAUCGACGUUGACCUACAAAAGCGUAUGCGCCCUGUAGAGGAAACAACGAUCGAGGAGCAUCCAGAAGUCGUCGAAGAGGUCAGAUCUGACUCAGGCGUAGUCAAGCAGAAGGUCGUCAAGAAGAAGAUCAUCAAGAAACGUGUCGGACCCAAGGAAGAGAUUACUGAGGAAGUUACCAUACAGGAAGAUGGCAAGCAGCCCGAAACAACGGUCACGAUCAGCGAGCAUGAGGUACCUUACGAGGUAACAGAGCCUUUCGAGGAAGAGCUCAAACCUCUCGAAGCUAUUGUGGAUGUGUAUCCUAAGCCGAUGGAAGCUACUCUCAAGACGAAGAGUACCAAGGUUAUCAAGAAAAAGGUGAAAAAGCUCAAGCAAAGUGAGGCAACCAGCGAGCAAGUACCUCAGGAAGAGGUUGACGAAUUGAUCCUCGCACAGGCUCCCUUGGAACAACCAGUUAUCGAAGAGCUUCCCGAACAUGUUGAGGUCGUUGAGACUGUCACCAAGGAAGGAAAGCCCAAGAAGCAGAUCACCAAAACCAAGAUCAUCAAGAAGAAGACGGCCGACAAGGUCGAGGAGGUGAAGAUUGUGACUGUGCAGGAAGACGAUCAAGUACCUGAGACCACGGUCACAAUGACUGAAGAAGAAACAGCUCCUCAGAUUAUGCAAAGCACAUCGGACGAGAUGCCUAUGAUUGAGGUCGUCAAACCGAAGAAAAAGAAGGUAAAAACUAUAAAAAAGAAGGGAGACGACACCGAUGAGAUUAUUCAAAAGCUUCUUAAUUUAGAAGUGAAGAAAACUGAGCUUGAAAAAUACGAAAAACUUGAUAUUGAGUUUAAGUGCAGAACUAAGCAAACUGAGGAAUUUGUUAUUGAAGAUCAUCCAGAAUUUGCAAAGCUUUCCGAUGCGCCUGUACAAAACGCAGUAAAGAAAAUAAUGAAAACGAAAUCUGUAAAAUCCAAACAACCACAGGAGAAUGUUGAAAUUGUUCCAAUGGAUGAACAACACCCGGCAGUUCAUAUUGCGGGACAUCUUAAAUCAAUUCAUGACACUGAUGAAACAUUCGAGCACGCUGAAGAAUUUGCUUAUGAGAUGCCUCAAGAGCAGUUGCCUAUUAUUGAGGAGUUGCCAGAAGUAAUUAUGGUAAAUGAGGUGGUGUCACUUGGCGGCAAAGUAAAGAAACAAACCACCAAGAAACGUUCUGUGAAGAAGACUAUAGGAGACAAGGAAGAACUUGUAGAAGUGGUUACGGUUGAAGAAGAAGGCCAACAGCCCGAAACAACCAUCACUAUCAUUGAAUCAGAAGUUCAACCAGAAUCCCCAUCUAUUAUUGAGCAAAAAGAUACAGAACGCAUCAUUCAACCGCAAGAGCCUCGUAAAUUAAAAAAGAAGAAAGUUAAAACUAUCAAAACUACAGACGAGGUUGAUGACAUCAUUGAAAGGUUACUGAACCUCGAGGUAAAGAAAACUGAACUGGAAUGUUAUGAACGAGUGGAGGUCGAAUUAAAAAAGCGUCACAAAACGAUGAUCGAAGAAACCUUGGAAAGGCCAGAAGCGGCAUUCGCUAUUUUAGAAAUGAUAGACUCACCUAAACCUGAAAUUGUUCGAAAGUCUUCAAUCACACAGCAGCAUGUAACGGAAGAGCCGAAGAAAACUGUUAUGAAAAAGAAACCAACAUCAUCAACAGUGGCUGAAACUCCGGAAGAUUUUGCACCGCUCACAAUUAAACCAUUGGAAGCAACUGUAGUACCGGAGAAAAUUACAUUAACGGAAGAUACGAUUAUAAAACAAGAAGAAACGGUGCCGAUUGAAAUGAUCACUAAAAAGAAACUAGCUAAAAAAUCUUUACGCAAAGGUCAACCGUUAAACGCGACCGAUUCAUCAACUGAGGAACCAUCCUUAGCAACCAAUGUUCCAGAAUCGGUAGAAAUAUUUGACAAUGAGCUUACUGAAACAGAUGUCGUUCGAGAGAUAUCAGUUGAUGAACCCCAUUCACAAGAAGCCUAUGUGGAAGAGUUUGAUAGAUCGUUCCUAACAUACGAAGAAAAAUCGCUUAAGAAACUGCAAGAACAACAAACAAAACCGGUUCCAGAGACACAAGGCGAACUUAAGAAGCCGGAAAAGAAGGUGAAGAAAAAACCUAAAAAGGAACUACGUCCGGAAGAAGAUGAACAACUGCAGCGCUUGUUAAACUUAGAGGUCGAAAAGACACAACUUGAACAGUACGAAAAAAUUGAACUUGAAGGCAAACCCAAACCAGAGAAGCCUAAACUUACAUUGGUGCCGCAAAAAAUUGAACGCAAAGAACAAAAACCUCAAAAGAUGCUAAUUUCAGAGCCAGAAGAGCAACCCCAAAUGGUUAGGCUUCGAAAAGUAAAGAUACCAGAUCGCAAGGAAAUUGAAGAAGUUGUUGUGCCCAAGGUUUUACUCAAGAGUCGCAUUGUCGCUGUGCAGUACCCACCAGAAGCGAUAAUACCAGUCAUUACUGACCUGACGCCGGUCAAAGCCGUUGGUCAAAUGACGAGAAUAGAAGAAGAAGAAACAACUGAUAAUCUUAAGAAGGUGAAGAAAAUAAAAACCAGCAAAGGCAAUAAGCUAGAAUUGGAAACACCACACUCCAUGGAAUACGAAGAGGAAAAGACAGAAAAGGAAGAAUUUGACCAGGAGGCUCAUAAAUAUCAACGAAAACCUAAAGAAACGAUUGAUGAUAAACCAGAAGAGAAAAAGCUUAAGCUUGGUAAAGGUAAACUUAAGAAGGAAGAUGAUGAUUUGGAGCAGGUUAAACUAAAGAAAACACCAAAGAAACCAAAAGAUGAUGAACCGGAAGAGCAAAAGUCCCUUACUAAAUCGAAGCAAAAACCGACUGAGCUUGAAAGCGAUGAUAAACAGCGUCAUAUUGAAAAGCCAGUGUACAAACCGACUGACAUACCAGAUUAUAAUAUAGAAAUGGAAGAAUAUGAAGCUCCGGAACCAACACUCGACGAGCCGGACGAGGAGACGAAGAAAAAACCUAAGCCCAAGAGGAAACCUAAAAAGUUGGAUGAAAAGGAAGACGAACCAAAGUCUUUGGUCAUGGGUAAGGGUAAGCCCAGCCCUGACACUCCAGAAGAUGAUGUUAAAUUUAGAAUUCCAGUUAGUAAAAAGGAAGACGAAGAACCAACAGACAUCAAGCUGAAACCAUUCACCAAACCUGCCUCUAAAGAGGAAGAACCUGAUAAGGAAGCUGUCAGAGAAAUGGUGCUACCAGCUAGCACUGAAAAACCCGAAGAACCUGAUGUUGACACCACUAGACCACAGACGCUGAAGAAAAUUGUUAAGAAAACUAAACCAAAACAAAAACCAGAUUGUCAAGAUCGUGCAGAGGAACCAGUUGAAGAAGAAAUUCCACAAUCGGUGCCUGAUGUCGCAGAAGAUGUUCCCGAUAUCGUUCAUGCCGUCGUACCUAAAACAAUCACGGAUGAUUUGUUCCAAAAACCGGAAGAGUUGGACCUAACACCAAAACCACAGGUUGAUUUCGUAAUAGAACAGCUUCCCGAAGAGGUUAAAGUGACGCAAGUGAAAACGGAAAAAGGCGAAGUCGAACAGCAAACAGUCAAGAGGCGCAUCAUAAAAAAGAAGAAAGAUGACAAGGAAGAGCUCAUUGAGAUAGUUACCGUACAGAAAGGAGAUGAUAUUCCCGAGGCAACAGUAACAGUAACACAAGUGACCCCAGAAGACAGUAGCACGCAGCCGGAAAGUGCGAAGCGGAAAGUUCGUAUCAAGAAAACGAUUAAACCGGACACUCUGGAGGCUGACAUUGAGCGAUUGCUCAAUCAGGAAAUUUCAAAAACAGAACUUGAGGUUUACGAAAAGACAGAGUUUGAACCAACCAAGCGUGCCAAGGACGAGUCUGUGGAAGAGCCUGUACUUCAAUCAGCUGAGCCGCAAACUCCAUCGCCCUCUGGUCCUCAGAAGACGAAGAUUAAGACCAAAGCAAAGAAUCAACACCAAGUCACCCCAUUACAAGAAAUACCUACAGAAUCAUUAGUUCCACUCGAACCAGCCAUUGGACACGAAGCUACCCAACAGACACUCGAUACCACACACACUGAAGACAGACGGCCGAUCAGUGCAGCCACUGUUGAUUUGCAGGAGGACACGUUCGAAACGAAUGAGUUUGUCGAAACUGGACCAUUGGGUGAUAUUGUGCAACCGGUCGACGUACCGGAAGCAGCCCUGGAGAAACCUGAGGUUUCGCUGAAGCCUCAGGUUACAUCCGCCCCUAUCGAACAGGUACUGGACGAAACAAUGGAACAGACGGAGGUAGUAACGGCUGAACUGCCACAGGAAGAGCAGGCGGCUACAUCUGAAAUCCCGUCAGUCGUAACGGAAACACCAAUCGUGAGUAAACCUAUUCUUGAAGCAGCUCCAAUCGAAGAAGUUCUUGAACCACAGGUUGAAGAGACAGACAAUGUACCUUCGCUGGCGCUGGACACCGUUCAGGUGGCACCAAGCGAUGUAUCCGAGCUUGCAACUGAGAUUCCUACGGUGCAAGGAAAGCCUCUGCUGGAAGCGGCCCCCGUGGAUGAUCAGUUUGAUGUGUCCGUAGAGGAAGCCGACACCGUCGCAUCGCUAACGUUGAACGAAGAACACCUGACGCCGGUGGACGUAACGGUGGGAGCGACCGAAGUACCUGCCAUACAGAGUAAACCGACGAUUGCAGCAGCCCCAUCCGAAUCACUUCUGGAGCAACCCUUAGAAGAGACCUCAGCGGUGCAGGAGACCCACUUGGAGACGGAAAAGCUUGUCCCCGUGGAAGAACAGCGUACCGAACCGACGGAACAAGCUCAGCUUCAUCCAGCGGCAGCCGUUGAAACUGCUCCGGCUGAACCCCCGAAGAAGGUGGUGAAAAAGGUAACGAAGGUAACGAAGAAAACUAAGAAGUCCAUCGAUGAUGACGAGGAACUGCAGCGCUUGCUGAAUCUGGAAAUUGAGAAAACGCAACUGGAGCAGUACGAGAAGGUUGACGUGGAUGGCAAGCCGAGAGUCAAGCCGGAGAAGGGUGAGAUUGUUAAACUAGAGCCUAUUAAAAUCGAACGUAAGGAACAGAAACCGAUUAAACCCGAAAUCACUGACACACAAGAACCACAAACAGUUAAACUGCGCAAAACCGUUGUACCAGAAAAGCGGGAAGCGAAGGAAGUCGCUGUACCGAAAGUACUGCUCAAGAGCCGCAUCGAACAUGUGGAGUUUUCCGUGCAGGGACAGCAGCCUGAGAUCGUGCAGCUAGACACCCGACCGGGCGUGGGUACGUUGUCGCGCAUUGAGGAGGACGAAGUGGAGCGUACGAAGAAGGUUAUCAAGAAGGUAAAGAUUAUCAAAAAGGAAAAGCCCGAGCUGGAAACGCUGGACAUUGAAAAAUAUGAAAAGGAACCAAAAGAGGAAGUGCCCAAGGACGAAGAAAAGUCACAAUACCAGCGGCAGCCAAAGGAAGCUCCAAAGGAUGAACCGGAAGAGCGUACGUUGCAGAUGGGUAAGGGUAAGUUAAAGAAGGACGAAGAACAUCACGAAGAGGUAAAGCUGAAGAAAACGCCAUCCAAACCUAAGGAGGAAACUGUGGAAGAAGUGAAGCCGAAGAAACAAACUCAAGAAAAACCAAAGGAAGAAGAUCUGGACAUUAAAAAACGAACUGUUGAGAAGCCGAAGUUCACUCCAACCGAUAUUCCAGACUAUGAAACACCGCUGGAACCGUACAUAAAGUUGGAACCUGAGCCGGAAGAAACACCGGUGCAGGAGCCAGAAAAACCGAAAGUUCCCAAAGAACCUAAGGUACCGGAGAUUCCAGAUGAACCAGAGCAUAAGAUUGUUCUAGGUAAGGGUAAGAAACCGGAACCGGAACCAGAAGAUGAGUUCAAGUUCCGCAAACCGGUACCUACUAAACCGGAGGAGGAAAAGGAAGAGAUCAAGCUGAAACCUUUCACAAAACCAACACCCGACACAGAGCCUAAAGAGCGUGACGGUGAUCGUGACAUGGCUUUGCCAGUUCCGAAGGACGUGCCGAAUGAUGCAGAUACAGAAACAACUAAGAAAAAGAUAGUUAAAAAGGUUAUUAAAAAACCAAAGGUGCCUGCGGAGGAAGAGCCUCAACCUGGAGAGACUGUGCAACUGCCAGAAGCACCAGUGCCACUUGAGGUACCUGCUCCUGUAGUCGAAGAAGUCGUACCAGAACCUACCAAAGAAGUUCAGAAACCUAAGGAAGUACAAGUGGAGCAACCGAAAGAGGUGGUACUUCCACAACCGGUAGUGGAAGAGACACAAGUUCUUCCUGUCCCACAGGUGCCAGAAGACAAACCAAUCGAAACUGUACAAGAACCCCAACCGGAGGUAAAACAAGAGAUCCCGGUGGAAGCACAGGAGCAAAAGGAAAAGCUAAUCAAGAAGAAAGUUGUAAAGAAACCAAAGAAAAAACCAGAAGAAGAUGCCGAGCUGGAGCGAUUGUUAAACUUAGAGGUCGAAAAAACAGAACUGGAGACAUAUGAAAAGAUUGACCUCGAGCCGAAACCGAGAGAAGCACCGGUCCCUGUUUCGCUGUCGGUCGAAGUGCCAGCAAAGAUAGUGGAACCGAUUGCUGAAAAGCUAGCCGUUGUUGCACCAGCCGUUGAAAAAGCACAAAUUAUCGAAGAAGUACUUGAGCAGCAGGAAAUUAGUGUUAUUGCACCUGCUGAAGUUUCGAAACCAAUCGAAUCUGUGCCGAAACAAGUACCAGAGGAGAUUGUUACCGCUGUGCAAGAACCGGCGGUUGUUGUUCAUACAGACGAACCAAAGGUCAUUCCUGUGGAGCCGAAACCGGUCGCAUUGCCGGUGGAGCCAGCACCGAUUGAAGAGAAGAAACCGGUGGUCAAGAAGAAGGUAGUAAAGAAACCCAAGAAAGCAUCUAUUGAGGAUGAUGAAGAGUUGCAGCGUCUGCUGAACAUGGAAGUUGAAAAGACCGAGCUUGAAAAGUACGAGAAAAUCGACGUGGACAUCAAGAAACCAGAGAAGACGGUCGAAACGGUUGAAGAGUCUAGAAAAGCUCAGGUGGCGGAGGUUGAAGAAUCUGAACCGGUAAAUGUUACACUAAAGCCCAAGAAGACCGUUAAGAAGCCAGUAGCACCGGAACCAGUUGAGGCUGAAUUUAAGAUCACGAAGAAGCCACGGUUGCCCGAAGCGCCACAAGAAGUGGAGGAACAAAUCGUUCUGAAACCAUCACCACUGAAAACGGAGGAAACGGUAAGUGUUGAACGAAUCAUCAAGAUUGAGGUAGAGCAACCGGAGCCGGUCGAAGUACCGACCAUUGAAGAGGUCGAAGCGGAUGAAUCACAGCCUGCGGAAGAUUUAGAAACGGUUGAGCCAGUGGUUGAAGAGCCGCUUGAAACGGAAGCCCCAGAAGAAGAAAUUGUACCGGUUCAACCUUUGGUGGAAGAAGUACACGAUGUACAGCCUAUCAUAGAAGAUGCUGUCAUUGAGGCUCCGUCAGAAGAACUCCCAACGGUGGUGGCUUCGGUACCGAUACAACCCAUCGUUGAAGAACCACAACCGGUGACACCACUGCGAAAGGUUUCACUCAAACCGGUUGAACCUCAGCCAGAAGCGGAGGAGAAGAAACCGGCCGAGAAACCUAAGAAAAAGGUGGUUGUUGUGAAGAAAAAGAAGACAAGCAUCGACGAUGAUUCAGAGCUGCAGCGAUUGUUGAAUUUAGAGAUUGAAAAAACCGAACUUGAACAGUAUGAACGCGUCGAUGUGGAUCUACGUAAGCGCGAGAAGGUAAAGGUUGAAGACCAACCACAACCGCAACAAGCGGUAGAGUCGACGAUCGAACCCGAAGACAGUGCGCAGGUGAAAUUGCCACGUAAGAAAAGCAAACCGAAGGUGGAAACGAUCGAGGAAACUGAGGUAGAGUUUAAGAUCAAACCCAAAAAGCAACCAGUUGCGGAAGAAACGGUACAGGAAGCAACAGUAUCAUUGAAGAAACCUAGGAAGCCUGCUCCAGUUGUUGAAGAAACGGCCACUGAAGAAGUGGUUCUGUUGAAACCGGCUGUUCCCCAACCGGAAGUGGUGGAAGAUGUGGAGGAAUCGAUUAAGCUGAAACCAAAACCAGCACCAUACACUACCGAUGAAGCGGAAGCAUCGCUUAAGAUUAUCCGUGAAGCAGAACAACCCGCUACACCAGAAACGGUACAACCGGUUGAACCUGUAAAGGUGGAAGAGAAAAAACCAGAAAAACCAAAGAAGAAGGUUGUUCCGAAGAAAAAGAAGGAUGACGAUGUUGACGAGAUUACCAAAAAGCUUCUCGAGAUGGAGGUGCCGAAAACUGAAUUGGAAAAGUACGAAAAAAUCGAUUUAGACAUUGUGAAACCAGCAAAGGAAAUAAUCGACGAGGUUACGAUGGUCAAGCGCAAACCGAAAGCGAAACCUUCGGUCGAAGAGGAGGAAGAGGUAGAGACGAAACUGUCCCUGUCCCGGAAGAAACCUUCUAUUGUGGAACCAGAGGAGGCGGAAGCUACGUUUAAGGUGGCACGAAAGCCCUCCAUACCACAACAGUCCGAAGACGUGGAGGCAUCGAUCACGAUCACCAGGGAAGAAGAAGUACCGGCAGAGGAAGAGAUCACCGAGCACGUUGUGGUGCGCAAACAGCGUCCCCGUCCAAAGCCUGCCUUCCGUCGCGAGGUACUGGACGAGGAGGAGGUGCGCAUCAAGAAAAUCAAAAAGGUACGCCAGCCGCGUCCAGUUUUCAAGGACAUUGAGCCGGAAAAUGUGACGUUCCGUCCGAAGCGCACCAAACACAUUGAGGACAUUGAGCAGGAGUUCAAGAUACAGCUUGAUUCGUACGCGCGCGAGGAAAUUUCCAUGUCCGGCCGGGUGAAGCUGCCGACACCGUACAGUUACGGUGAGGAAACCGGUGAGGCUCACAUCACGAUCAUCAAACAGGUGGAUGAAGAUGAUGAGGUCGUGUAUGAGGUAAUCUACGACGAUAGCGAGCAGGACGUGGAGGAAGAGUAUCGGUUCGAGGAGGAAGACACCGAAAAUGUCGUGAUCGAGCUGCGCAGACGACGCGAAAAACUCGAGAAUUUGAUCAUGCACCACGAGGAAGAAAUCUCACUCGAUCUGACGCAACGGAACAGAUCACAGUUCACCACCACCACACACGAAGAUGAAUCAUUCACACUGAAACAGCCCAAGAAAGUCCUACCAACAUACUCAGAAGAAACGGCAUCGCUGAAAAUUGUUCGAGAAGAAGAUGCCAACGAUAUGUACUGUAUUCAGGCAGUAGAAGCCGAAAAUGAAGAGGCACUACACAUCGUGGAAGGAGAGAAGGUCUAUGUCAUCGAACACAGCAACUCGGAAUGGUGGUAUGUGAAACGUUCCUGGUGUGAAGAGCGCGGUUUCGUCCGUCGAGAAUACCUGAUGGAUGCGGUCACUUAUCCGCAGUACGUACAGAAGACAUUGAACGAGAAGAUCGACAAGCUGCCGGUGUUCGAAAGGCCAGGCCCUGGCGAAAAGCCUCUUGCUCCGAAGAUAAUUGAGAAACUGCAACCAAUCACUACUCAGGAUGGCUAUACCGUGCAGUUCGAGUGCAAGGUCGAAGGAUUCCCAAGACCCUCCAUUACCUGGUUCCGUCAAACGGCUGUCAUUAAACCUUCGCAAGACUUCCAGAUAUACUACGAUGAUGACAACGUGGCUACACUGAUUAUUCGUGAAGUAUUCCCAGAGGAUGCUGGUACGUUCACGUGUGUCGCGAAGAACAUUGCUGGUUUUGCGUCAAGUGCAACCGAACUGGUCGUGGACUCGUUCAGCUCAGACCAUGGUUCGGACGUUGCAACACUGUCACGCAAAAGCAUGUCUCGCGAGUCCUCUUUAGCCGACAUUCUCGAAGGCAUCCCGCCAACCUUCUCGCGCAAACCGAAGGCACAGUACGUCGAUGCGGGCUCUGAUGUACUGCUUGAGUGCCGACUUGUCGCAGUGCCGGAACCGGACAUUCUCUGGUACUACAAUGGGGUGGAGAUUGAAAGCAAGGACAAUGUGCAAGUUGUCGUUGAGUCGGACAUGCACAUGUACUGCACGGUGGUUCACAUCAAGGGUAUCGACAAGGUACAGGAAGGUUCGUACCAGGUAGUAGCUCGUAACCGCGAAGGUGAGUCGUCCCUAGACAUCAUGGUAAAGGUGAAGACCGGUGUACAGGAACCUCCCCAGAUUUUGGAACCGCUCAAGAGUAUGACGAUCCGCCAGGGUGAGACGGUAAUGUUGUCCACACAGAUCGUCGGUAAUCCUGCACCGGAAGUACAGUGGUUCAAGAAUGGCGUUGCUUUGGACGUACCUACGCAAGCUGACCGUAACAUCUAUACCGUGACGCUAGUGGCACCGACACACGACAAUGCAGGCGAGUACACCGUUCGAGCGAAGAAUCCUGCAGGAAGCGUCGAAACAAGUGCCUUCCUUACGGUUGAUGAGUCGAACGUCGGUAACCCACAGGCACCGCUGUUCUUGGAGCGUUUCGAAGAGCAGAGUGUACCGCAAGGAGGUACAAUCAAGCUUCCGGCAAGGGUGACGGGUAAUCCGGUACCGGAGAUUUUAUGGCUGCGCAACAACAACACGUUGCUGCCUUCCAAACGCGUCAAGCAGGCGUACGACGGCGAAAGCAUAGAGCUGUUGAUCAACAAUGCCGAUUCCGAACAAGACUCGGGCAACUAUAAGUGUAUCGCUUCCAAUACGAUCGGCAAGGCAUCGCAUGGUGCACGUGUUACGGUGGAGGUAGACAAGGUUACCUUCACGAAGAAGCUCAAGAAGACGAUCACGGUCGAGGAAAGCAAAGCAGUAACGCUGGAGUGCGAGACUUCGCACACCGUCUCCACCAAAUGGUUCCACAACGGCAAAGAGCUCAGUGGUAUGGAUCAUCGUAUGAUAGUGCAGGAGGGUAAGGUACACAAACUAAACAUCAAGAACCCAACCAUCAACGAUACGGGUGUGUACCGGUGCACGGUCAAGGAUCAGCAGACCGAAUGUAAUUUAACGGUCAUCGAAGCUAAGCCUGAGUUCCUGCGUAAGCUGGAAGAUAUCGAAACUAAGGAGAAAGAACCCGCCGUUUUAGAGGUUGAGAUUACCUCGGAGACUGCAGACGUUACGUGGUACAAGGAGGGUCGGAAGCUAGUCGAAACCACUGGCAAGUAUGAGUUCGCCAAGAAGGGUAAAUCACGCGUGCUUUUUGUGCGCAACACUUCAGUUCAUGACGAAGGCGAGUACACCUGUGCGCUUGCGGAUCAGGAGUGUUCGGCGGAAGUGUCCAUUAUUGAGCUUCCACCAGAGAUCAUCAAUGCUCCACGUGACGUAACCGUGGCCCGGGGUGAAGAUGCCAUCUUUGAGCUAGAGCUGACCAAGGGUGAUGCUCUGGUUCGUUGGUACCGCAACGAAGAUGAACUGUCGUUCAAUGGACACGUGCAACUGACGAUCGAUGGUAAGCGGCAAACGCUUAAGAUUAACAAGACGGUCGAUUCGGACGCUGGAGAAUACACGUGCGUGGUUGGCGAACAACGGGCCAAAGCUCGGCUGACCGUGGAGAAACCGGUUGUCGAUUUUGUACGACGUCUGCCAGAAGUUACUCUGACUACGAGAGAUAGCGAUGCCGUAUUCACGGUGGAGCUCUCCGAGUCAGCCGAUGUCGUAUGGUACCGUAACAACAAGAUCAUUACUGCCACCAGCAAGUACGAAGUGGUUGUCGAAAACUGCGUUCGCAAACUGAUCGUCAAAAACACCGUCGAGGAUGAUGAGGAUGAGUACACGUGUACCGUGUCAAAUGCUAAAACCUCUUCGAAGCUGAAGGUUGAGAUUAUUAAGGUCGCUCCCACGAUCUUCGAGGAUGGACCUCGUGCGUUCACUAUCCGCAAGGAUGAAGACGUUACAUUCAGCGUUAAGUUUAACGCCACACCAAUACCUGAAGCAGAGUGGCGCGUCAACAAGCGAGUCAUCAUCCCUUCGGCAAAGUUCGUGUCGACUGUGGCAGAAGAGACGGCUAGCUUGACCAUCAAACGUGCUGCUGAAGUUGAUGCUGGAGAGUUCACCUUGAAGCUCACCAAUGAAUGUGGUGAUGCGAGUGCUUCCUUUACGCUCGUAAUUAAAAAACAACCGGGAGCACCAGAAGCACCGGAAGCAACCCUCAUUACGGAUGAUUCCAUCACACUGUUCUGGAAGGCACCGAGCGACGAUGGCAACAGUCCCAUUACGCAGUACGUGCUUGAAUACCAGGAAAAGAACCAACAGAAGUGGACCGAGAUUACAAGCAUCACCGAAACGACCACGACAGUGACGAAGCUGACGAAGAAUUCCGAGUACACAUUCCGUGCCACAGCGGUUAACGAGGUGGGCAAGGGUCCGGCAUCACCGAACUCGCCCUACUACAAGAUUGUGGCACCGAUUCAGAAGGAAGCUCCGACGGUAAGCGAGCACCUAAAGGAUGUGCACGUUGGACUCGGACAGUCGGUCACGCUGAGCUGUAUAGUGACUGGAGUACCCGUACCGGAUGUCGCCUGGUUCCGCAAUGGACAGCCUAUCAAGCAGGAUGUCGUAUCGUACGAGAACGGUUCUGCCAAAUAUCAGCUCAAAUCUACCACCGUGGAGAGUGGCGCAAAGUAUACGUGCCGUGCAACCAACGAGGUUGGCAGUGUCGAGAGCAACUGUCAGGUUGUGAUCGAGGAAAAACCGACCCUGACGGUUGAAAAGAAGCAGAUUGUGCAGAAGUUGCGUGUCGGCGAUGAAUGGAAGGUGAUCGCCGAAUUUACUGGCUAUCCAGCACCGGAACUAAUCUGGCAUCGAGAGGACGAGAAACUUACUUCCACGGCAGAGCAUACAAUUGUGACCGUCGGUCAAUCAUCGACCAUUGUAAUCUCUUCGCUGGAUCGUGCGCACACGGGCAAGUAUACGGUAGAAGCGCGUAAUUCCGCCGGUUCGGCAACGGUCGAGCUGACGCUGAAAGUGAUCGACAAGCCGAGCAAACCGGAAGGACCAAUUGUAGUGCGCGAACUCAGCCCCGAAGCAGUUGUUAUCGAAUGGAAGCCUCCAUCCGAUGAUGGUGGUCUGGAAAUUUCGCAGUUCACCAUCGAGAAGUGCGACGAUGCGAACAAGAACGCCUGGAUCAAGGUGGCGGACGUGCAGCGUAACAUCAAGUCGUAUUGCAUCCAGAAGCUGAUCGAUAGCACGCAAUAUCACUUCCGCGUGAUUGCCCAGAAUCCGGUCGGUUGUUCGGAACCGUUGGAAAGUGCUACGGUGAAGAUUCAGCAGACGAUCGAGCCACCAUCGCCACCGCGUGGUCCAAUUGAAACAUCCGGAAUGACAAGCAACUCGUUCACGCUCAUGUGGCAACCAUCCGAAUCGAAUGGUGGCAGCAAGAUCACCGAGUACGUCGUUGAGGUUAAGGAAGCGAAGAAGAAGGUUUGGAAGGUGGCCGGAACGACCAGCGCCUCGGAAACUUCGCUGCUGAUCGAAAACCUAGCCAUGAACAAGGCGUACGACUUUAAGAUUAUUGCCAAGAACAAGGUUGGCUCAAGUGAACCACUCCAGACGGUGGAAUCUAUCGUUGCCGGAAAGGAAAUCACACCACCAUCUGCACCGCGAAAUCUGCGCAUCAUGAAUGUCACCAGCAAGAGCGUGAAGCUCGAGUGGCAGCAACCGGAAACAAAUGGCGGCUCAGACGUCACCGGAUACAUCAUCGAGAAGCGACUGACAACCGCACAGCAGUGGACCAAGAUCAAGACGCUCGAGUCCAACUGUCUGUCAUACUGUGUGGACAAUAUGAAGGAAAAGACCGAAUUGUUAUUUAGGAUAUUUGCCGAGAAUGCGGUCGGACUGAGUUCGCCAACGGUGUCGGAGAGUAUUGUGCUGAAGACACAUGCCACUGUUCCGUCUCCACCAACUGGCCCAUUAGAGGUACGCUACCUAGGACCCAACAUUAACAUCGUCGAGUGGGGCAUUCCAGAGUCGGACGGUGGUGCACCGAUCGAGGGCUACAACAUCGCCAUCCGGAACGCAAAGAAGACGAUGUGGAUGGAAGUUGGUCGGGUUGCGGCUGACUGUCAGUCGUUCAACAUUAAGGAUCUGCAGGAAAGCGAAGACUAUCUAAUCCGCAUCAUGGCUCGCAAUGAGGUCGGUAUCAGCGACCCGUUGGAAUCGGAGGAACCGUACACUGUGCAGCUUGGUGCCGCUCCGGACGACGUGCACGAUGAAACGACGAGAGACUUCUCGGAGCCUACCGGCACUAACACGUCAUCCUGGCUACGAGAACACAACAUGACGGCUGAUAUCAACAGCUACGCCCGUCAUAAGCUGCUGAGGAGAAGCGAAUACUUCUUCAAGCUAUGGGUCAACGCUAAGAAUCUGUUCAAGUAGAAAGCUCGUAGCUCCGAGUGCCCAUAAAGAAAAAUCAGGCGUCAGUUUCCGCGUGCACGACGCUGACGUAGAUGUAUAUUGCUUCUAAAACUAGACGAAGAUAUUUGAAGAGAGAUACAAUCAUUAUUCUAACAAUUUGUUCAUUUGGAAAUGGACAACACGUUCCAUGCUCCUGGUAGGAUCGUUCGAGUGAAACGCUAUGUGUAUGUGUAAAUGUUGCUCAAACCGAAGAUGUCUAUAUACGAACGUCCUGUGCUACCCGUCUGUGUCCCAGCCCCAGCAAUAAGCAAUCCAUAAAGGCCGGGGAAAUCUGUAAGAAUCUUCAUGGAACUGUGAUAAAAGAGCAAGCUAGCAACACCAGUAACCCUAUCGGUAGAACUUAUCUCAGAACAGAGGACAGAGUGCUAUCGCACGACAUAGAGAGAACGGCCCACUUGGCUGAGUUCUGAGAUGAAGCGAAAGUAGAUGAAGAAGUACACGCACUGACACACAUCACAGUGGCACCUAUCCACAAUCCCCCGAGGGGGUCACUGUGUCUGUGGGUUGAGCGGCGUUUAACGUAACCGUAUAAAUGUAAAUGACUAGAGGAAACCCCCAACACUCGGCCGAACUCGCCGGUACAUCCCGGCAACGACACGCAGCAAUACGACAGGGCAUCCGCAGGAUCUAUCUGCUGCCUGGCUGCGUUGGAACAUUUGUACUGCUUCUAGGCUACUCCGGAUGGAAACUCGCGCCACAUGGUGUGGCCGUCACAUAUUCAGUUACCACGUCCGAAGGGAGAUAACAUUGGUGCGAAUGUUAUCCUUCAUCGGGCGGGUACGACUUUGGACCGGGCAUGCCAAACAAGCGAAUCAGCAUGGAGAAGCGAACUAAACGAGAUGAAAAAAUACUUUCUUUAUCAAUUUAUCUAUGAUCUUUGUUGAAUUCUUUGACGACUAGCAAGAGAAAGAGAGAGAGAGAGAGAGAGAGACACAUGAAGCAAAUGAGCGGAAGAGAGAGAGAGAGAGAGAGAGAGAGAGAGAGAGAGAGAUAAUUUAUUUUAAAUGAAUGUUUUCUAUUCUAUCAUGUUUAUAUUUUCUUUCAAGAAUCCAAAGCAUUAGCAUGUUGAAACAAUUUUUACACUGUGUGUUGAAUAAAAUACAAUUUUUAAAGCUAUUA